AAGGGACAAAAACAGGUUAGUGUGCUUUAAAUCUGCUUAACUUUGCAUUCUUAGUCUCCAAACAGUCUGUCCCAAGGCUUGUUAACACGGCAUAAUUCAAACAUCAUCUUGUGUGUACCCACUAGGCAUUGAAUUGGGGUGAGCAGACUAACAUGGUUUUAUAUGUCCUGACCUUAAGUUGAAUUCAUUUGAAAAAUAAAUUUAAAAACUCAUUUAAAAAUGCUUGUUUGGAAAACUAUGUUAUAGCUACAGCUUGGCUGGUUUAACUUAAACUACCAGUUUUCCAUUUUUAAACCAAUUUAAUGUUUAGCGAGUCCAUUCCACAAUGUUUUCCUAGUUCCAUAAUGGGUGGUUUAUGUCAGUUUGAGAUAGUUGGUCCUGUUUACAGAUUUCGGUAAAAUAUGAGUAAAAUGUAGAGUUCACUGACAAAAAGGAAUUAAUAUCUACACCGGAAUAAAACAUUUUUGUUGUAAUAUAUAAGAAAUAUACAAAAUGAAAGUAUAACUUUAAUACUAUUGAAAAUGUCCUUAUUAGAUAUUAGGUCAUGUUUAGAUGUGCUAGAGUGCUUUUAUAUUAAACAUAUAUUGUAAAAAUAUUGAACAUGAUCGGACUACUUAGUGUCUAGAAAAAAAAAUUGUGUCAAAAUAAUUCAUCAAUAAUAGCCUUUUCAUAAUGAAUUAUGACCUGAAUUAAUUUGUAUUUUUGGAUAUACUUUUAAACGUAUCUUUAAAUGAUAAAAAAAAAAAAUAUAUCAUUAUAUAAAUUAAAAAAAAAUAUUUAGAAAAUAUUUACAUAUUUUUCAAAAUGUUAAAUCAUUUAAAAAGUGUAUUAAAAAUAUUACAUUGAGGCCUAAAAAGCUCUCAGGUUAUUUACUAAAAUGAGAUUUUAAAAAGAAUUCCACAUUUUAAAACAGUUUAGUCAAACUCAAAGUAUUGCUGAUUUGGAGAUAUUUUUUGCAGUCUGGCUAUUUUGAGCUUAAAUUUGAAAUUCUCUUUAAAUUCACAUUGAAUUCUUCAUUUAAAUACCCAUGUAAAUACUUUUUUUCUCCAUUAAUAUAAUAGAUUUAUUGGGUUGCAUUCCAAGUAACUGUUCAUUAUUUGUACAUAUACAUUUAUUUACGUGAUUAUUUAUUUCUUAAUUUUUGUAUUGUAUGCUUUUAUUUAAGGGAUUUCUUCGAAAUCACAAUUUUUAGUGAAUAUGUUAUAUGAAUAACGCAUACAUUUAUCAAAUAGGAUAUAAAAAGAUUACUUUCCCUUGAAUAUGCUCUUUAGCCAAUGACACGUCACAUUCACAUUCUUUUAGGAAAAAAACCUUUUCAAAAGAUUUAUCUACAGAAGUCGCCAUUAAAGACUGUGGGAAUUUUUGCAGAUUUACCUUUUCAGAACAUUCCGAAUCAUUUGAUUUUUUUUUCUAACAGAAUGGAAUCAUUGAUUCUGAUUCAGACAAAUUAAACAAAAGCCAUUGUGCACUGCACCCAACAAGCAGUGCUAACGCUAGAAAGACAGCUCUGGAAAAAGACCUUUAUUUUUAACGUACUGUAGACACCUUCUCCGUACCGCCGUUACCUUCUCUAUUUUGCCUUCUGACAAAUUAAGAUUUUGCAUGGUUGCUUUAAAAGUUAGUUCAUUUAUUAUGUGUGUGGUUUUUUUUUUAAUAGUAUUUUUAUCAAGUACAUACCGUAGUUUGCAUGAUGGUGUAGUGGAAAAAUGUGAUCUGUCCCUGAAUUAAUUAAUAAUUUAAUACACAUAGCUUAUUUCAUUAGGGAAUACGACUGCUAAAUGUUCAUUUCAGUAAAUUGCAAACAUUUAUUCCUAAUUAUUAUUUACUAGGAUUAGAAAAAUAGAACUUUAAGACAUAGGAGAUAAAAUAUUAAAUAUUUCCUUAGUGAAAAUGACAGGUAGCCCAUAAUGAGUGUUACAUGCGGCGUAAUGUACUUACUCCUCUCUGUCUCCCCUUUGUGUGGCCCAUGAGAUCCCCAUCUCUCUGCCACUCAAGUGACCUCUGUCUAGAUUUCUGAUUUACUAAAUGAAGGUCAGGAAGCACAAGUUGCCCCUGCAUUAAUGAGCCUGGACACACCCCAAACAACCCAACACCCCAACGCCCCGUUUGCAGCUGGUUUAAUGAGAUGUGCCUUCAACAUAGCUGUUAAUACAAUCACUUAAAUGAUACACAUUGAUAUUUAUUAUAACAUCUAUCAUCUCUCUGUCUUUCUGUCUGUCUGUCUCUCUACCUAUCUACAAACAAAGCACACCCCCUUGGUUUCUAGGCUAGCUAUAUCCCUGUUUUUUUCGGAUACCUGUCUGAAUUCAGUGCAUGCUGACAGCCGCAGUCUGAGUGUAUUAGCCUGAGAUGACAAAGAAGUCAUGUUAGAAGGCGCGCGAGGAAUCUAGCUAAUCAGGAGUUUCUUUUCCAAGUAGCAAUAUUACAACCAGUGUUAACAUACAUAGCCUGUGGGUAAGAUUACACUGACCUCAACUUCAACACUUGUAACUUCUCGAGAUUCUAAUUCCGAUUAUGCAUUGAGGCUGAGUUACAUAAUACACAUUAACAACACUUCAAGUAUCUCGUAUCCCCAGGGAAGAAUUACUUCUCAGACUUUCUACCUGUAUACCUUCAUUAUUUCAUUACUUAAUUCAUUCAUUUAAUUCACGGCCUCUUGUACUACAGCCCCUCUACACACACGCACGCACGCAUGAACGCACGCACACACGCACACACAUACUCACGCACACAUACUCACUCUCUUAUUAUUAUUUAUACAAUUAUUAUUAUAACAUCUAUGAAGUCUAAUGUAUGCCGUUUAUGGAGCUGUUACUGUCUGUGGAUGUUUCAAACAAUGUAAGAACACUCACACUGUCACAGAAUAUUUAUAUAAAUUUACCCUUUUUUUCUUUCAGCAAUGGGGAAGCAGGAGACCCUCCGUUGCCUGUUUUGGCUGACUCUGGGAUACGGUGAGUGCAUUAUAUGUUGGCGUUGUGUUUUUACUGCCAAAUGGAAGAAAAUGGCUUCCUGGCAGUCAGUAUAUAGAAUUUAUAUGGAUCCAAAUGGAAAACAACUAAAUUCAUGGAUUUAGUCCAAUACUAAGGGAGAAAGAAAGAAAGAAAGAAAGAAAGAAAGAAGGAAAGAAUCUAGAUAGAAAUAAAUUUAGAUAGAUAAAGUAUAGAUUGAUAGGCAGACAAUAUAUAGACAGACAGAUACAUAGACAGACAGACAGAUAGAUAGAUAGACAGACAGACAGAUAGAUAGAGUGAUUGAUAGACAGACAUAUAGAUAGAUAGACAGAUAGAUAGAGCGAUAGAUAGACAGACAGACAGAUAGAUAGAUAGAUAGAUAGAUAGAUAGAGCAAUAGAUAGAUAGAUAGACAGAUAGAUAGAUAUAUAGAUAGAUAGAUAGAUAGAUAGAUAGAUAGCUAGAGCGAUAGAUAGAUAGACAGAUAGAUAGAUAGAUAGCUAGAGCGAUAGAUAGACAGAUAGAUAGAUAGAUAGAUAGAUAGAUAGAUAGAUGGAUAGAUAGAUAGACAGAUAGAUAGAUAGAUAGCUAGAGCGAUAGAUAGACAGAUAGAUAGAUAGAUAGCUAGAGCGAUAGAUAGAUAGAUAGAUAGACAGAUAGAUAGCUAGAGCGAUAGAUAGACAGAUAGAUAGAUAGAUAGAUAGAUAGAUAGAUGGAUAGAUAGACAGAUAGAUAGAUAGAUAGAUAGAGCGAUAGAUAGACAGAUAGAUAGAUAGAUAGAUAGCUAGAGCGAUAGAUAGACAGAUAGAUAGAUAGAUGGAUAGAUAGACAUACAGAUAGAUAGACAGAUAGAUAAAGCGAUAGAUAGACAGACAGACAGAUAGAUAGACAGAUAGAUAGAGCGAUAGAUAGACAGACAGACAGAUAGAUAGACAGACAGAUAGAGCGAUAGAUAGACAGACAGACAGAUAGAUAGACAGACAGAUAGAGCGAUAGAUAGACAGACAGAUAGACAGAUAGAUAGAUAGAUAGAUAGAUGUGUGAAGUUAACUCUUUAUGAAGUGCUAUAUAGUUGAAAUAUAGAUAACCCAUGCUUUUAUAUGGAAAUACCUGUUUUUUUUUAUAUGUUUAGUAAAAAUGUGGGUGUGGAUGGGGAAAUCCUUUCUUUAAGAUAAUAUGGAGUUUAUUUUCUGAAGAACAAACACAAGUGUAGUCAGGGCCAGCUCCAGGUGCGUCUAGCUGAUUUUAUCUAAGCUGUUUCCAUUUCUCCUCCCUGUAGUUUACUAGAUAUAACUACGAGCAUGUUGUGUUUGUUCACAGCAUUUGUUUCAUACUUCAACAUUGUAUUCAUAGUGAGAACCUACAGAAUUGUAUUGACGGAAAGAUGAGUCACCAAUGGAAUGCUUUAAACCACGUUAAUGUACUACGACAAUUACACAAGAACAAUAUAUAUUCUUAGUAUUACUUAAAUAUCAAAUCCAGGCUGGGCCAUGGGAGCUCUCUAAUAGAACAUAAAAGAUAUAAUUUAUUCUGAGAAAUGUCAAAUAAAAUUAUAUAUAGUAAGUGAGAGAGUAAAAAUAUUUCAAUAAUCUUCAGGUCAUGUGCUCUAGACAUUUCACUGAGCCUUAGCAGGCUUCCCCAAACUCCAGCCCUCCAGAUGUUGCUGAACUACAACUCCCAUGAUUCUAUGAAUGAAAUAGAUAGGCUGAGAAUCAUGGGAGUUAUAUUUCAGCAACCUCUGGAGGACCGGAGUUUGGGGAAGCCUGCAGAGUAACACACAGACUCACACACAUAUGCAAAUAAUUUGUUUUUUUCAAAACUGAAUUUGGUCCUAAUUAGGUCCAAUUUUGUGAUUCAUACCAUAUUUCCAAAAAGUCUGAACCCAAAACGAAAUGUUGUAGUGGGGGUUAGGGGCAAUAGUGGGGGGUUAGGAGCUUAAGUGGGUGGUUAGGAACACUAGUGGGGGCUUAGGACCUGUAGUGGGUGGUAAUGGGCAAUAGUGGGGGGUUAGGAGCUUAAGUGGGUGGUUAGGAACACUAGUGGGGGCUUAGGACCUGUAGUGGGUGGUAAUGGGCAAUAGUGGGGGUUAGGACCUUAAGUGGGGUGUUAGGGGCAGUAGUGGGGGGCUGGGACCUGUAGUGGGGGAUUCGGGGCAAUAGUGGGGGUUAGGAUCUGUAGUGGGUGGUUAGGAACAAUAGCGGGGGCUUAGGAUCUGUAGUGGGUGGUUAGUAACAAAAGUGGGGGGUUAGGGCCUGUAGUGAGUGAUUAGGAACAAUAGUGGGGGGAUUAGGGGCAAUAGUGGGUGGUUAGGGACAAUAGUGGGGGCUUGGGGCCUGUAGUGGGUGGUUAUGGGCAGUAGUGGGGGGGUUAGGAUCUGUAGUGGGAAGUUAGGACCUGUAGUGGGUGAUUAGGAACAAUAGUAGGGGCUUAGGACCUGUAGUGGGGAGGUUAGGGGCAAUAGUGGUUUAUUAUUAUAGUCAUUUAUAUAGUGCUAACAGAUUCCAUAGAGCUUUAUAAUUAAUUAUGAAAGGGGAGAUUUCACUAUAAAUAGGACAAAUACAAGAAAACUUACAGGAACGAUAGGUUGAAGAGGACCCUGUUCAAACGAGCUUACAGUAUAUAGGAGGUGGAGUAUAAAACACAUUAGGACAGGAAAUAGCAAUAAAAUAAGGUGGGAGUGAAGCAGAGCUGCCCUUUAGGAGAGAGCAAGGGACAGGUAUGUGAGGUAGAGGUUAUUCUGGGAGGCCAUAAGCUUUCUUAAACAGAUGGGUUUUAAAGCACUUCUUAAACAAUUGAAUACUAGUGGAGAGUCUGAUGGCGGUAGGCAGGCUAUUUCAUAGGAAGGGAGCCGCUGCGAGAAGUCCUGCAAGCCGAGUUUGCUGUAUGUGUCUGAGCAGUGGACAGGAGAAGGUCAUGGGCAGAGUGAGAAGAGGCAUGCCUAUGAAUUAAUGAAGAGAUGUAGGAGGGGGUAGAAUUGUUCAAUGCUUUAUAGGUAUGGAUUUGUACUUUCAAUUGACUCCUAAAGAAUACUGGAAGCCAAUAUAAGGAAUGACAGAAGGAUGAGGUGUGAGAGGACCAACUGGAGAGGAAAAUCAGUCUAGCGGCAGCAUUCAUUGCACACUGUAGUGGGGCAAUACAGAUUUUGGGAAGAGGGUUACAAUAAUCCAUGUAAGGGAUUACUAGAGCAUGGGCAAGGUCCUUAGUAGUAUCUUGUGUAAGAAAGGGGCGGAUGCGGGAUGUUUUUAAGGUGAAAUCUACAUGAUUUGGUAACAGACUGGAUGUGAGACUCAAAGGUUUGGCCAGAAUCAAGUAUGACACCAAGACAGUGCGGUUGCAAGGAUGGACUGAUGUGGGUACCACUAACUUGAAGGAAGAGCGAAAGAGGAGGAUCAGUAUUAGGAGGAGGAAAGACAAGAAGCUCAGUUUUAGAGAGAUUGAGCUUCAGAAAGAGGGAGGACAUCCAGUCAGAGAUGGAAGAAAGGCAAGCAGUGACACGUUUCAGUACAGUUGGGGAGAGGUCUAGGGAGGAGAGAUAUAUCUGGGUGUCAUUGGUGUACAGGUGGUAGUGGAAUCUAAAUGAGGUGAUUAGUUUGCCAAGAGAGGCAGUGUAACGAUUUAGAAUUUUUAAUACAUUGAUUUGUUUCUUUAUCUAUUGCCCAUGUAAGGGUUUUGUAAUCCCUAUCUCCCGAAGUCAGAGUCUGUUCUCUUUUAUACCAAUUUUCACUUAUAGAGUCUUCUUUAUUUAUCACUAAGACAUGCGCUAAUGAAUUAACUUGUGCAAUGUCUUGGAUAAUUGGAAUACUCAUACCUCCUUCAUCUUUUUUCCUAGACAUAAUGUUUUUUUUUAAUUCUGGGUUUUUUGCCUGCCCAGAUAAAUUUAGUAAAUGAUGUUUGGAUUAAUUCUAGCCAGCUGUCUGGGAUCUUUAUAGGAAUAAAUAUACGAGAAUUUUGGUACAAUAUAUGCUUUUAUAGGAAAGGCCUUUAAUGAUUACUAUUAUUCAUUAUAUAAUCUACCUCAUAAUCAAUUCGAUCCAAAAGAUUAUUUUAAAGAUAAGAUAAUACCAAAGAUCUCAGAAUUUCAACUAAGAGAACUGAAUGCUCCAAUUUCUCUACAUGAAAUAUAUAAAUGGAUAGAGACUUUGACUAGAUGGAGUUACAGAGAUUUUCUAUAGAUUAUUUAAAAAUGAAAUAUCUCCAUAUUUAGAAACUACUUUUAAUGAAUUUAUAUUAAAGACUAUAAUCCCACAGGAAAUGCUUAAGGGCAAUAUUGUCCCAAUAUUAAAACCAGGUAAGAACCUAGAGAAAGUAGAUAGCUAUCAGCCAAUCUCUCUUUUAAAUAUAGAUAUUAAGGUAUAUGCAGGAAUAUUGGCAGACAGAGUUAAACGAGUAGUUAGUCAUAUAAUACAUAGAGACCAGGUGGGAUUUAUUCCGGGACGACUCUCCACUAACCAUAUAAGAAACAUGAUAGGAAUACUGGAACAGGCAAGAGAGGAAUGUAUUCCCAUGCCGACCCUGUCAUUGGAUGCAGAAAAAGCAUUCGACAGGGUCAGCUGUUCUUUCGUCAGAGAGUCCCUAGUAUCAUUUGGAUUCUCGGUUCAGAUACUCAGUGCCAUAAUGGCCUAUACAGCAAUCCCCAAGAACCGUGGGUCAUGGAAUUAAGUCCAAAUGGUUUGAAAUUUCAAAUGGUACUCGACAGGGCUGUCCUUUAUCACCAUUAUUGUACAUAUUAUCGAUCGAACCCCUGGCAGUAGAUAUAAGAUAUAAGAAAACAAUAACCAAAAAAUCAAGCUAUAUGCUGAUGAUGUACUAAUAACUAUUCAGAAACCUAAGGAUUCCAUUGAUCAAGUGGUUGAGAUUAUUAGAAAUUAUAGCAACUUUUCCAAUUGUAAAAUAAAUAAUGAAAAAUCUACAGCGUUAUAUUUAAUUACAGCUCAAAAUAAUAUUGAUUUUAAAGAAAAUAAAUAUGGAUUUAAACAAGUUAAAAGCUACUUUAAUUAUCUGGGUAUAAAAAUUUCCAAAAAUCCAAAGAAAUGAAUAGAGAAUAAUAUCCUCCCUUUAAUUAAAGAAACAAAUCUUAACCUAAAGAAAAGGAAAAAAUAUAACAUGUGCUGGCACUCAAUCACACUAAAGGUGCAGGUAUUCGAGGUUAACCCUAAAAAAGCCUCAUAAAAAUUGUACAAAAAAAAUCAAUAUGAAUACCGCACUCAAUAUAGAAAAACAGUCAAACAAUAAUGAAAGAUAAUCUAAUUUCAUUUAUUAUGCUCUUAUUAUUAAAUUCAUAGGUAUUUAGCUCUAUAUGAGAAAAUAUAAUUGAUCAAUAGAAUACAUUACAUCAUAUAUUCAAUAGCUAUUUACAGAAUGACCUCCAUGGGUAUUGUAUAAAUUCAUAAUAAGUAUAUAUACACAGCUAAUAAUAUUCCUAUUUAAUGGUCUAAGGAAAACAAAUCCAUAUGGAUAAUAGUCGGAUCUGUUGUAAUCUAUGUACAUAGAAAAAAAGUAAAAAUCAAAAAGGAAUAAUGGAAAAAUUAAAAAAAUGACAAAAAAGUCAAAAGAAAAUGAAAAAAAUGAAAAUGAAAAGAAAAAAUCAAGAAAGUUAUAUAUGUCCUUAUGUACAAUAGUCCAAAAAAUAGUGAACUUUAGUAAUAAAUAGGUGGAUCUCACCCACUGAUGGAUUGUAGCCUUAGAUGCAACCGGAGGAUUUGUGGAAAGUCUGUAAUAGAUGUAGAAAGUGGCUGUAUGCCAAUCGGUGAGCUGUUAAAGAAAUGGAAAACUUGGGCCACCUGCAUCUUAUGUACCUGAGUGUGCCAUUCAAGGUUGGACACUGGUAAUAUAAGAAACCCCAGGGAGAGCAGCAAAAUGCAAGUGACCCCUAAAGGACAGCACUGUCUUACACUGCGACUUGCCAAUUCUUGCCAAUGUUUCUCCUGCGAUACGUGUUUUAUGUCAUUUUUGUGGUACAGGUCUGCUGUCAUUUCUUUUUAGUAUUUUGUGUAUUACAUUUUUUCGGUUUUAGUGGUACUUUAAUACAAUAAACUAUCUUUUUUCUGUCUAUGCAGUGAGUUUCUGCUCAGCUGGUGUCCCAGGAACUGAGUUCAUUACCGUCUUCAUGCAAAAUCACAACAUACAAACAGGAAACCCUGAUCUUACUCUGUCCAUUACUGCCCAUUACCCCGCCACCACCGUCAACAUCGCCAUCAACAAAUACAGCUUCCGAAAGAAAAUUACUUUAGACACAAUGGAGCAAGCCACCAUCCAACUCCCAAACGUUGUCCAAAUGACAUCUUCCAAACCUUUUUAUUAUACAGUGAUCGUGAUGUCCUCCAGUCCAGUUUCUGUCGUGUCUGGAAACUAUAAGACCGAGAGCUCUGACACAGCAUCUCUAUUCCCGGUUGAGGUAAGAUAUUAGUUUAUGCUGUAUAUAUCACAAACCAAGAAUUAAAAAUGCAAUCAUUUUCCAGUAUUUAUUUAUAACUAUUAUAAGAGUUUAUAAACACUUCUUAGCACACUUCAUCCAUUGUUGCCAGGUCUUGUAGAAAUUCACAAACCAUGAAAAACAGCUUGAUCGAGCUGUGUGUUACCAAGGACGAGCCACGAAUACCUUACAAGUACUCUGCAUGAUAUCGAGACAGUGCAAUGUCUACAUGAAGAUAUCACAGCGUACGAACAUGUCCUCCAGAGAAGCUUACAAUGGAUAGAGAGAAAGUGAGGAAUGGGUCAAUGUAUGCAACAUAGUAACCUACAUAUAACUGCAAGGAGGCAGCAGGGUAAUUCCUGCUAUGGGGAAAAGCUGUUCUUUAUUUAAUGCAUAUUAAAGAAUUUAGGAUUUAAUCAAUUUAAUAUUUUUUAAUAAACUUUGCACAAAAAAAAGUCAAUAUAUUAAAAUAUCAAGAAACAUAUUAUAUAUAAACAUAUUGCUACUACUGGUAUAGCUCAAAUUUGUGUAUGCCCUUAGCCUCUGUACCCUAACCACAAUUAAAAUAUAUUUUUAUUUAUAAAAUAUUUUUCCAAAUAUUUUUUCAAUAUAUUCAAUAUUCUACACAUUUAAUCAUUUUAACAUGUUAUCCAAAAUUAAAAACUAAUUUGAAAAAUGACAGUUAAAUAAAAUCAAAACCUUUUUGAUGGCUUUGAAGAUUUUCCUUUGACAGUGUUUUGAUUGGACAGAUGUUAAUUGCGUAAUAUUCAGUGUGCAAUAAUACGGAAUACACAAAUAGCCAAUGAGAUAGACAGACAGGCGGACGGAUGGAAUGAUGGACAGAUAGAUAGAUCGAUAGAUGGAUCUGAUUGAAAAAUUAAUGCUUAUUGUUGAAGUUGUAAAUAAUAUUAGAAACAAAAGAUACAUUUGGGUGAUAACAGAAGAUUAUUUAAACCACAAAACAAUGUUGUUAAAUAGAGUUUUUUUUUUUUUCCAGUUGCAUUUUUCUAACAUCAGUUAUUAAAAGAGACCAAUCACUUAUACUUAUAUUUGCAAGAAAUUUGUAACAAUAUGUUUUAUUCUUUAGCAUACAAUUUCAAACUCACUUUCAAUUCACAGCACUUCCAACUUAAGUAAAUACCCUGAUACACUUCAGAGACACAAACCAAACAAUCUGACAGUUUAAAUGUCAGAGCAAUGACACCAUCUCAUUCUACCACAAAGAAGAUACAGUCACUAUAAGAUUGUUGUUAAAAAAGGAACUAAGCGUUUGUGCUUAUUUUGUGCAAAUCGAAGUACAGAGGACACGCUCUUUGCAUAUAACACAGAGAGCUAAAGAACUUUAUGCAUGUGGAUUGUCCCUUUAACAAAAUAUGGCCGUUAUUUCACAAUAUUAAAUUUUUACCCCAAAAGGUCUAACUUUUCUAAUGACAAUUGAAAUCCAGUUUAAAUUUUUUAGCAAGGGCUGGCUCCGUACAAAUGCUAGUUAACCAUCAUAAAUUGUUAGUAGUAAAACUCCUACGGAAGUAAGAAACCUGUCAACAUUAAUUGUUCUGUAAGGGAAAUCAAGUGGGUCCAUUCACAGCAUUGUGUUGUUACAAAAUGCAUAGGGAACAGUGAGAAUAGUAACAUUCUCUCAAUGGGGAGGCCCAGUGCAUGGUGACUAACGGGGAGGCCCAGUGCAUAGAACCCAAUUGGGAGGCCCAGUGCAUAGAACCCAAUUGGGAGGCCCAGUGCAUAGUACCCAAUGGGAAUACCCAGUGCUUAGUGUCAAAUGGGGAGGCCGAAUGCUUGGUGCCCAAUGGGAAUACCCAGUGCUUAGUGUCAAAUGGGGAGGCCGAGUGCUUGGUGCCCAAUGGGAAUACCCAGUGCUUAGUGUCAAAUGGGGAGGCUGAGUGCUUGGUGCCCAAUGGCUAGGCCCAGUGCAUGAUGCCAAAUAGGAAUACCAAGUGCAUGGUGCUCAAUGGGGAGGCCCAGUGCAUGGUGCCUAAUGGGAAUACCCAGUGCAUGGUGCUCAAUGGGGAGGCCCAGUGCAUGGUGUCCAAUGGGAGGCCGAGUGCUUGGUGCCCAAUUGGGAGGCCCAGUGCAUGAUGCCAAAUAGGAAUACCAAGUGCAUGGUGCUCAAUGGGGAGGCCCAGUGCAUGAUGCCAAAUAGGAAUACCCAGUGCAUGGUGCUCAAUGGGGAGGCCCAGUGCAUGGUGCCUAAUGGGAAUACCCAGGCACGGUGCCCAAUGGGAAUGCCCAGUGCUUAGUGUCAAAUGGGGAGGCCGAGUGCUUGGUGCCCAAUGGGGAGGCCCAGUGCAUGAUGCCAAAUAGGAAUACCCAGUGCAUGGUGCUCAGUGGGGAGGCCCAGUGCAUGGUGCCUAAUGGGAAUACCCAGGCACGGUGCCCAAUGGGAAUGCCUAGUGCUUAGUGUCAAAUGGGGAGGCCGAGUGCUUGGUGCCCAAUGGGGAGGCCCAGUGCAUGAUGCCAAAUAGGAAUACCAAGUGCAUGGUGCUCAAUGGGGAGGCCGAGUGCUUGGUACCUAAUGGGAAUACCCAGGCAUGGUGCCCAAUGGGAAUACCCAGUGCUUAGUGUCAAAUGGGGAGGCCGAGUGCUUAGUGCCCAAUGGGGAGGCCCAGUGCAUGAUGCCAAAUAGGAAUACCAAGUGCAUGGUGCUCAAUGGGGAGGCCGAGUGCUUGGUACCUAAUGGGAAUACCCAGGCAUGGUGCCCAAUGGGAAUGCCCAGUGCUUAGUGUCAAAUGGGGAGGCCGAGUGCUUGGUGCCCAAUGGGGAGGCCCAGUGCAUGAUGCCAAAUAGGAAUACCAAGUGCAUGGUGCUCAAUGGGGAGGCCGAGUGCUUGGUGCCUAAUGGGAAUACCCAGGCAUGGUGCCUAAUGGGAGACCCAGUGCAUGGUGCCCAAUGGCUAGGCCCAGUGCAUGAUGCCAAAUAGGAAUACCAAGUGCAUGGUGCUCAAUGGGGAGACACAAUUCAUUGUGCCCAGGGGGAGACGCAGUCAAUGGUGCCCAAGGAGAGAACAAGUGCAUGGUGCUCAAUGGGGAGACCCAGUGCAUGGUGCUUAAGGUGGAGAUCUAGUGCAUGUUGCCCAAGGGGGGUAAGUAAUGCAAGUCAUUUGUGCUCAAUAAAUUAUAUUGACAUCUCAUAUGUAUUUCCUUGCUGAGAUUUUUGCUCAAAAGUUUCAAGUACUAAGUGAGUGUAAUGGAAAUUGCUUGCUGUUUACUACAAGCAGUAGACAGGAAUGUUGAGUCCGUUGGACACUAUUGGUGGUACUGACAAUCAUCAGUAAGACAUCGGAUGUCCAAUGCCUCCAGUAUAAUGCCCUGAAUACCAAUAAAAAUGAACACCUCAAUACCAAAACCCAGCGUAGUUAGCCGAUUCCCAUGUAAUGAUCACCCUUCUUCCACCCUGUUUGCCAUAUUUAUUUCAACUCUGCCAGCAGGCGUUUUCAUUCCAUUGAUCUUCGUGGGAUAGAUACCUUUUGGCUUUAUGAGUUGGAUAUAGUUGACGAAUAUUGCUUGAUUCAAUGCCAUCAUUCUAUGUGUUUUCAUUAUUAUUCGAGUUACUCUUCAAACGUCUCUGUUAGUGAAUAGUGUGUUAGCAAAUUCCAUCUUACAUUUGUAUAUUGUCAGUCCAAUCUGACGUAUGGCAGGGCUUUGGGUGAAAUAGAGCUACCAUUUAUCAUUGCAAUAUGCAGUGUGCAGGUAGGUUAGACUGGAUAAGGAUUGGCAUAUGUAGGUUACUGGACGGGGGAAGAUCAAUUUAUAAUGAACUAAAAAGCAAACUGUUUUCUCAAAGUUGGGCAUUAGAAAUCCUCCAUGUGACAUACACAAUACCUUAUCAGCUGCUAUUUGUGUCUGUUGCCCUCAGUUCAGACUUCGUCCUGAAAAUGACAUGUCGGGAGAGAGCUGGGAGCUCUCAUAAAUUUGAUUGCAUAGAAGACAAAUUUUAUUAUGCACUAGAAAUUAUUUGGAAGACAUAUGAUGGGCUUUAAGAAGGUUUCAUAAUAAAAUAGUAUCUCUAUUCUAUACCUGGAGAGUCUUAAACAUAUUGACUAAUAUUCAAAAAGAUAAAGAUUUUUAGAAAAAAAAAUAAAGAAAAAUACAAGUAUUCAGUAUUUCUGACCGCCUCGCUUGGAAUUAGCAGAACACACCAGAUGAUGAACACACUCUGUGUUAUUGAGUUAAACAGUCAUCCACAGACAAUAGUGCAAUGUGUCACAAGAAAACAAAUGUAACAGCAACCACCACCAGGAUUAUUCAUAAAGAGAAAAUCGGAAUGUGUCGAAAGUGACAAAGACCAGUUUUAGCAUUUUAAAUGACAUUUUUUAUGACAUUGUUUCAUUGCCAUAUUAAAUUAAUUUUGCUCAUUUUCCAUUUUCAUUUGUUUGUACAGGAACUGGGAACAAAUUACUAUAUAUUUACACCAUCUGAUGGUCCGGAAGGGUCCUUUAAAGAGUUUGCUGUGGUUUCAAAGGAGCCAACCACAGUGACCAUUCACCUCACCGGGGAUGUAACCUUCCAAGAUCGCCUGUAUGUUAAAGGAAGCAAACUGAAAUUCAGCCUUGAGUCAUACGAAGCCAUAGCAUUCCAGAGCACUGAUGAUCUUUCUGGAACAAAAGUAGAGGCACUCAAGCCAGUGGCUGUUCUGAGCGGCCACACAUGUGCCAGCAAACAUACAAAGUGCAAUCAUGUUUAUGAGCAGCUUCAACCUGUUGAUUACUGGGGAUCCACAUUCAUUAUUCCCCCAAGCCCGUUUCAGACCAAGUAUGACCUAGUUUAUGUGACUGCCUCUCAAUACACUCAAGUGACCUACCAGGCUGGGUCACUAAAAACCACUCACACGCUCAAUGCUGGAGAAGACUUAGAGAUACAACUGAUGCCAUCAGCUCCUCUCUUUGUAACUGCUACAGAAGGCAUACAAGUGUUUCUUUUCUCAGCAGGAGGUCGCUAUGGAUCCAUGGUUUUUGAUACAUUCUUGAUGAGUGUUCCAGAUGUGAACUCAUACUGUACCACCUACCUGGCUGCAGGCCAAGAUGGUUUCAACAAUGAAGCUAUCAUUGUAGCCAAGACCUCAUCUCUACAACAACUAACCAUAAAUAAAACCCCUCUGGGAGAUGUCAACUGGCAAGAAAUUCCAGGGACAAACUAUUCGUGGAGAGCAGCGCACAUGAAUUCAAAUUCUAAAACGUCCAUGGUUGAAGAUGGUAACAGUACGUUUGGACUCACCAUUCUUGGUGUUGCUUCACUGAAUGCCUAUGGGGAGCCUGGCAUUUGUUUGAGUGGUAAGCGGCCUUGGUUUCUUUAUGGUCAGUUUUAACUGUUAUCCAAAAAUAAGCGGAGUAGUUCCUGUGUGACAUUGAAUCCUUACAGUAAGAGAACAGGUUAACCCGUAUAAAAACUGUAUGUACAAGAUGUACAAACUAAGCACAAUAUUAACAUUCUUUCUACAUUUCCAUAGAAAUGUGUGGGUUUCAUUAGAAACAAGAAAUGCUAUUAUUUAUGUUGGGAGAUGUAUUUCAGGUGAUGCAUAGAAAGAAAAAAAAGAAAAACUACAUUCUUCCAGUGGGUUGUAUAUAAAUAUAUAAAUAUUUUAUUCUUUGGAAGGAUUGUUUGAAAAUGUGUGUUCGUUCCCAUAACAGAUUUCCUGAUACAAGACGUUUCUGUCUGUAUUUUACUGAUCCAGGACAUAUUGCACACUGGUGAAAAAAUUCUAAUUUAUACCUUCUGAGAAUACCGCUUCACUAAGACUACACUAUUACUGUAAUAGACUACACCUCGGAUGUAAAUUCACAUUUGUAGUAACAUGGAGGAAAUUGUAUUAGUGGAUUAGGUCACAAUAAAGAACAGUAAUUCAGCUUUUCUUACAGUUUAUUAAAGUCACAGUGCGACAUUCAAUGCCAUACAAUAAGUAUCAGUAAGUAGAAUAUUAAUAGCAUUGAAUCUCUGAAAUAGCAAAAGCCAAGUGUGGCUUUUUUGGCAGUCCUUUAGACCAAAAAAACAAACACAUUUUACACAUACAGGAUAUGUAAUAAAAUAGAUUGAUUUGUUUGGUCAGCUUUUAAAAAUGCAUUUAGAAAGUAAAAUAAUAAAUGCAGAUUUAAUGCACACAUACAGUUAGAACUGUUAUACCAAGCACCUGUACUGCACAGGAUGACACUAUUAAAACGUGAAGAAUUCCUAAAGCCCUCAAUCGCUUCUCCUCUCCCAGGUUGCUAUAAAUUAGCAUUGAAGUUUGACCUUCACAAAUUGCUGGAAAAUGUGGGAGGACUGUACCUUUUAUAGUCUUUAUACAUACACAUGUUUUGGAGAAAGAAGGCUAGGUCAAAUAAUAUGAAAUACUAUGACUCGAAAAUACAAUCUGUAGCUAAUUUGAAAAAACAAAGUACUUUUACUACAAUCUUUGUAGCUCCCAAAUCUACUUUGAUCUUGAUAAACUAGUGUUAUGUACUUACCUUUCAUUUCAUCCAAAUAUUUAUUUUUUGGAUUCAGGUUCAUCUCGACCAUCAUGCAGCAAAACCAAGUGCAAAAAACAGGAGAUGUGUAAGAUUAUCCAGGGCAAAGCAACUUGUCUUGCAAAAUAUGUGUCUGAAUGUUGGGCUUGGGGAGACCCUCAUUAUCAUACCUUCGAUGGGAAGAAUUAUGACUUCCAGGGAACCUGUGCCUACACUAUGGUGCAAAACUGUGUUUCUGAUCCAACCAUACCUAACUUCCGUGUUGAUAUCAAGAAUGAGAAUCGAGGAUCUUCCUUGGUAUCUUACAUUCGUUAUGUCAACUUACAGAUUUAUGACUACAACAUCACCAGUGUCAGGUCUGAAAUGGGCACCGUGAGGGUAAGUGGAGGAUUUUUAAAUACUGAAUGAAGAAAUUGUAUUUAAUGGCAUUGUAAUUUAUGCUUUUCAACUUAUUCCAUACUGCCUGAUUGGCAUUACUACUGCCUGUUUAUGGAGGAACUGUCUGACAUAUUAAAUGAACCUUAAAGACACUAUUAGCAGAAAUGGCUUGUCUAAAGGCAAACUGGUGUGUUUAUAGAGUUUGCUUGGUUCUGUUGGCUGAACUGGCACUAUAUUCAGCCAUUAAUGUUCACAUGGUUAUAUUUUUGCUAUAAAUCCCAAGGCAUUUCAAACACAUUGAAAUGAUAAAGCUUGAUACAAAUUUAGGUAUAAAAUAAAACAUUGAAAGUAAUGCAUAUCUGGUAGAGGGGGAAAGUGAUAGAAAGCUUUUCAGGCCCAGUCUCCAGGCAAUUUUUGAAUGGUAAGACGUGUUUUGGGUGAUUAUCUAACUGAACAAUAAACGAUUGGACACCUAGCUUCAAACCUGAUUGAAUGGCAUGUAUCCCUUUUGCCAAAUUGCUUGCAUGUAUUAUGAAUUUGGUAAAAGUUAUCAGCCAUGUCACACGCAAACCAAACCAAGACAAGAGGCUAGUAUCCAAGCAUCCUAUCCAUAAAUUAGGCUAGUGCAUUCUGUUUUUUCUGAAUUGCGAUUAGCAAUUUUGGGCAAUCUGUGGUUUGUCAGAAAUUCCAAAGUCAGAAAUGCUAUCUGAACAAAUCACAAAACAAGUAAAAUGUGCAAUGGAUGAGCCAUUUCAUUAGUUAUUAAGAGACCAUUAGAGGGACCAGAAGGUGGAGCAGUAUAACAAGCUAUAUAUCUUUACAUAUAUAAAUACCGUAUAAUCAUAACUAACAUAUAAAUCUAGAUUUAUUUCUUUUUUACCUCUACUCUUGUUUUUCUCUCUCUUUUUUUUGACAAUCCUAAUUUUUAUGUAAUUUUUCAAUAAUAAGACAUAGGAACAUGAAUAAUAGUCAGGCAUAAGUUGCGCUUCGUUCGAGUGUUCAAGGACUUACAUUGUCAUAAGUGAUCUAAUACAGAGAUAGUUUACAAUUUACCAUUGGGUGUCACUUGCUUUCUGCCGGUUAAGGUUAGUCUGUGUAUACAUUGUUUGAUCCAUGCAAUCCCGUAUCUUUUUUCACUUAUAAUACUUUGUAUUCCCUAAUUUCUGUCACGUUGACUUGUGAGGAUGAUCAGAGUACGUGUGGGGAUUCUCUCUCUCUUGAUUACGUCUUCUCACAUGAUUUGUGAACCAAAUGACACAAAAUGUAUACAUAGUAUUUCUUGUCCGAUUUUAAUGCCCUUUUGGUUUGUCGAUUUAUUUUUUUCCCUUAAAUGUUUGCAUGAAAAAAUGAAUCCAAAAUGAAAUGCCACAUGUACAAAUUCCAAACCAGUUAAUUUUAUUUUCACCAGAUUAACAUAUUUUGUUAAACAAAAUUUCUUUUCUCAGCGCACAAGUCUAAUAAAUAUACGUUUAAUAUAUAUAUGACAUUUUCUAAGACCCCAGAGUGCUCCAUUUUUGAAGGCCAGGUAUUUACAGUUGUUUAAUAGUCAGUGCUAAUCAAACAUUUAUUUGUGUGCACAGUGUGUUAGCAUACCAUUUACGUGGCAAUGACUUAGAACAUAUGCGUUUUAAUCCCAGCUGGAACCUUUUACCCCGUUUAGUCAAGUAUAGGGCCAAGGUCCAUUUAAGAGAUUAGAUGAGUACCUAAAGCACUAGUUGAGCCAGUUUUUAGAAUUUUGUAAAAGGCAGAAAUGUAUAGUGUUGGCAUUUACACCUGAGGCAUUGCUUUACCUGAAUAUAAACAGGUUAGGCGGCAAAUGUAGAUAUUAUCAUGGGGAAUUUGAAACAACCAAAUUCUCAAGAAAUGAAUACUAUUCACUGACUAAAUUCUCACUAAACAUUCAACAAACAAGGUCAAGAGAGCUGCAGGCUUUUGGUGACCGUAGACUAAGAGUGAAAGUUAAAGACCCAUAAUCCAUAUAGAUAUAAUAUAAUUGUAUAAAAUAUGUAGAUACUUAUAAAAAAUCCAAAUGGCUCAAUUUAUAUUGACCUCUAGCACAAUAAAUAGCGACUGUGAAAUAAACAUGAUCAAAGAAAGAAUCCGUUUAUACAGUGCCUUGCACAAGUAUUCAGCCCCCUUGGCAUUUUUCGUGUUUUGUUGCCUCACAACCUGGAAUUAACAUGGAUUGUUUGAGGAUUUGCAUCAUUUAAUUUACAGAACAUGCCCACAACUUUGAAGAUUUUUUUUUUUAUUGUGAAGCAAACAACAAAUAGGACAAAAUAACAGGAAAGGUCAAUGUACAUAACUAUUCACCCCCCUAAAAUCAAUACUUUGUGGAGCCACCUUUUGCAAUCACAGCUCCAAGUCACUUUGGAUAAGUCUCUAUGAGCUUGACACAUCUUACCACUGGGAUUUUUGCCCAUUCCACCUUGCAAAACUGCUCCGGCUCCUUCAAGUUGGAUGGUUUGCGCUUGUGAACAGCAAUCUUUAAGUCUGACCACAGAUUUUCUAUUGGAUUGAGGUCUGGGCUUUGACUAGGCCAAUCCAACACAUUUACAUGUUUCCCCUUAGACCACUCAAUUGUUGCUUUAGCAGUGUGUUUGGGGUCAUUGUCCCGCUGGAAGGUGAACCUCCAUCCUAGCCUCAAAUCACGCACACAGUGAUACAGGUUUUGAUCAAGAAUAUCCCUGUAUUUAGCACCAUCCAUCUUUCACUCAACUUUCACCCAGUCCCGGCUGCUGAAAAACAUCCCCACAGCAUGAUGCUGCCACCACCAUGUUUCACUGUGGGCAUGGUGUGAUGUGUUGGGUUUGCGCCAGACAUAGCGUUUUCUUUGAUGGCCGAAAAGUAAAAUUUUAGUCUUAUCAGACCAGAGUACCUUCCUUCAUACAUUUUGGGAGUCUCACACAUUCCUUUUUGCAAACUCAAAAUGUGCCAUUUUGUUUUUUGCUGAAAGUAAUGACUUUCUUCUGGCCACUCUGCCAUAAAGCCCAACUCUAUGGAGUGUAUGGCUUAUUGUUGUCCUAUGUACAGAUACUCCAGUCUCUACGGUGAAACUCUGCAGCUCCUCUAGGGUUACCUUAGGUCGCGGUGCUGCCUCUCUGAUUAAUGCCCUCCUUGCCUGGUCUGUGAGUUUUGAUGGGCGGCCGUCUCUUGGCAGGUUUGCUGUUGUGCCAUGUUCUUUCCAUUUGGUUAUGAUAGCUUUGAUGGUGCUACUGGGGAUUAUCAAAGAUUCGGAUAUUUUUUUGUAACCUAACCCUGACUUGUACUUCUCAACAACAUUGUCCCUUACUUUUUUGGAGAGUUCCUUGGCUUUCAUGGCAGUGUUUGGUUAGUGGUGCCUCUUAGGUGUUGCAGCCUCUGCAGCCUUUCAAAAAAUGUGUGUAUAUGUAAUGACAGAUCAUGUGACACUUAGAUUGCACACAGGUGGACAUCAUUUCACUAACUAUGUGACUUCUGAAGGUAAUUGGUUGCACCAGAGCUUUUUAUGGGCUUCAUAACAAAGGGGGUGAAUAUAUACGCAUAUGCCAAUUUUCGGUUUUCUAUUUCUAAAAAAUAGUUUUCUGUAUAUAUUUUUCACAUUUCACUUCACCAACUUAGACUAUUGUGUUCUGAUCCAUCACAUAAAAUUCACAUUAAUAAAACAUUGAACUUAAGGCUGUACUGUAACAAAAUAGGUAAAAAGUCAUGGGGGUGAAUACUUUUGCAAGGCACUGUAUUACUUUAAAUCCUUGAGUCACACAAUAUAUGGUCAUAAUAAAGGACAACCGUCAUCCAACUUUCACUUCUGGUUUUUAAAAGUUGAUUACGUUUAAAGAAAUUUAAUAUUUUUGUUAAAUGAUACAUAUUGAUUUAUUUAUUUAUAAAAUAUAUUUUACCACGAUGGAUACUUUGAGAUUUCCCUCAUUUUCAAGUAUGUCCUGAUAUUGAUUUAUUUGAGAAAAUGUUCCUUUUUUUUAUCUGACUGAGCAGCCAUUUUGGGUCAGACUCUAUUGUUAGCUGACCAACUGAUGCAAGCUAGGUCAGAUAUCAGUACAUUCUGACCCAACAUGGACGUUCUGACAGGUAAAAAGAGACAUUUUCACAAAAAUAACAUUUCCCUUUUGGUUUUAAAGUUAAAAUUCACCUUGAAAUCCUGACAGUUUUUACUUUAGUGUAUAGGUUUUACCUUUUAGGUAUCAUAGAACAUUCAGAGUAAAGUAAAAUCUGAUAUUGUUUUUAUUAAAUGAGCUGGAAUAUAAAUGUACAUCAUAUCAUAUUGUGUGUUGGCCUUUUUUUGCAGAUAAAUAAUCAGAAAGCUCCGCUUCCCAUCGUACUGAAUAACGGAGCUGUAUCGAUAUUCCAAAGUGGCAGUUACUUAAUUAUCCAGACGGAUUUUGCACUUCGGAUAUUCUAUGACUGGAACAUUCUUGUGAAAAUCAAUCUUCCAAGUAACUUUUCUGAGAGUGUUUGUGGGUUGUGUGGAAACUACAACGGUAAUCCAAAUGAUGACCUAUACUCUGCAGAAAGGGUUCCUUUGAAUCCUAUAGAUUUUGGAAAAUCUUGGAAGGUAGCCAACGUGAUCAGCGGGGAUACCUGCUGGGAUGACUGCAAUGGGCCGUGUAAAACCUGCCCCUUCAACCUCAAGUUAAUGUAUGGGAACAACACACAAUGUGGCAUAGUAAGCCUGCGGAAUGGACCCUUCAGAAACUGCCAUUCACUGAUCGAUCCACAAAUAUACAAAGAUAACUGUGUUUACGACCUGUGCAUGAGUGAUGGCUACCACCAGGUCUUGUGUCAGGCCCUGAAGACGUAUAGCGAUGCCUGCCAGAGGGCUGGGGCCACAGUGUAUGAAUGGAGAAAUUACUCCAGAUGUGGUAGUAAGUAAACCAGUUAAAUACCAGUUUGCAAACUCAAAAUGUAACUGUGAUUAAAAUUUAAAAUACUUUAAAUUAAAGUUCAAACCUUUAGGGCAGUGAGUCUGAUUGAAUGGCUGAGGGGAAGCGUUCAGGUGUGAGUGGGGGGCAUGCAGAGCUGUAUGAAUGGUUUCUAGCUAAGGCGUGGUGGUGGGAGUGUAGCAUUGUCGUGAAAGGUGGCUGAUAGACACACAGAGAGAAGACAGACAGACAGACACAUUCUGUCACAUUCAAGAUGAUCCUGAGAAUCACAGGGAUUUGAUAUCGUAUUAUGAGCUGAGCUAUCAAGUGCGUAAAAGUAUAUACUCUACACAGUAUAGCUAGCUCGACACUUUUAAAAAAAAGUAUCAAAAUAAAGGGGCCGACAUUUAGUUUUAUAGAUGAAUGUUACAAACCAGCUUUGUGAUAAACUCAUUUGUAAAUAAAAGUUAAAGCACGAGAACCACUAGAUAGUGGCUUUGCAGAGAGCCUGUCACUAAAGUCAAUCAGACUACCACUAGGGGUGCUUCCAUUUACUGUCCUGCAACAUGUGCAGAACCCUCACACACAACAUGAAGAAACAGAAUCUUCCCAUGGAGAUGCAUUGGUGUAAUGCCUCGCUAUGAGGAGAUGUUGGUUCUCAAAGCAUGGCUAGCGCCAAAAAUGUGCAGAAAGCACCUGAUUCUUCUCAUUGUUGAUUUCAGCCAGUGUUAGAGGGGUGAUCAUGGUUAGACCACCAUAAAAAGGGACUAAAGAGAAGUUAUUCUUUUUAUUUUCAUUUUACAGAGCUGACCUGUAAAUUUAAAUAGACAGGAGGAAACUUUAACCUCUGAAGAACGGCUUGCAUUCUAUGCCAUCCUUUAGGGGAAUGCCGCAGUCGUCCUAUGUACUUACAGGAUCCCCGACGAUCCACAUGCAGACACACACACACACACACAUACAGACACACACACACAUACAUACAAAGACACACACACAUAGAGACACACACAUACAGACACACAUACAUACAGAGACACACACACAUACAGACACACACAUACAUACAUAGAGACACACAAAUACAUACAGAGACACAUAUACAUACAGAAACACACAUAUAUACAGAGACACACACACAUACAUACAUACAUACAUACAGACACACACACAUACAUACAGUAAGACACACACACACACAAACAAUCACACAUGCACAAUGGUUUUGUCACCCCCCUGUUUCCUACCUUUUAGUGGCUCAGGCUGAUGGGAGUCAGAGUUCCCACUCCUCUCCUCCUCUUCCUCCCGCGCAGCGCUAUGUAUAAGCUGGGAGGAGUGACCGGGGCAGUCACUUCCUCCCAGCGUUUCACAUCUUCACAGGGGGCCCAGUUGCACAGUUAAAGUGCCGCAGCGCUGACUGGGCCCCCUGGAAAUACACAGCAUCGGGUGGCCCCUGCGACCGUGGUAGUUCUGACACUGUAUAUACAUAUAAAUAUACUUAUAUAUUUGUAACGAAUCCCCUAUAUCCGCUGUAGUUCUCCCCAAAUCACAAGUAAAACAGUGCUCAGAGCUCUUAGCUACCCAAACAUCAGCCAAGACUUGAUGAAGGUUACAACAGGAAUAUUUUAAUGGGACAUGGUACAGUCAAUUUAUACAAAACAGUCAAACCCACUUUGAAACACUCCCCAGCACGCCCAUAACACUCCCACAACAUGUGCAUAAAGAACAUAAAUCAUAAAAAUACGCCAAAACAUAGCAAAGACAUAAAAUAACCCCACACAUAAUAUGUUUCCAAAUAGCUAAAGGCCCCAGCUAUGAUCCCUGCAAAUAGCAGAGCUAUCAAAUGUACAGAGCCCAAGAAAUCAGCAUAUAAAGUCUGGGCUUGAGGCUCUGUACAUACUCGCAAAUAGUUCCACAGAAUCCCUUGGUUUAGGCCGGUAGAUUCGAACUUUACGCCUAAACCACGCGGUGACCAAUCAGCGCUCAGGGAGGGGAGGGGUUCCAAGCUAAGCCCUUUAACUCACACCAGCCUAUCAAGAAAAAGGGCGCAAACCCAAUUUGCAUUGUGGCUCUAUUUCCUAUUGGUCACCUAAACCACGCAGCGGACAAUCAGUGCUCAGGUAGGGGAGAUGUUCUGAGCUGAUCCCUUUAACUUGCGCCGGCCUAUCAGGAGAAAGGGCACGAAUCAGUUUGAAUAGUAGCUCCUUCUCUUAUUGGUCGGCAGGGACUUCCAGGCGGCCAGCGGGACUCUGCGGGUGAGAAGCCGACUCAUAGCUCCCGAGGGUCUGCUUGGGCUUGCGUCUCUCUCUGGUGGAUAUCUCCACUUAGGUAGCUCCCAGGUAGGGAGUCCCGGCAGUCGCUGCCUGCCUCGCUGACAGUCUGGCUGCAGGCAUGAGGCUCCUGGAUCUCCCCCGGACAGUGACUAUAGCUCCUGUAGGAGCAGGUAGGGCGAUCCCCAGCAUGAGGACCUGAAAAAAAUAGCAGGCAAGAAAGGGGACACAUGUGGGCAUGGUACCCAGUGAUGGUGUUCCGUCACAAUAUUUAAAUUUUAGGUAUAUAUUUAUGUCAUAUUUUUUGCAUAAUUAAAUUAUUUUAUUGUUUACAAUUUGAGGGACGUGCCUGACAGCCCAGGCAGAAAGUUCAGAGAAUUUAGUUUGCAAGGUCUGUCUUGAACCCUGUAACUUUCUAAGACACCAUAAAGCCAUGGGGUGUACUGUUUUACUCAGUAGUCUUUACUGAAUACAAAUAUUACUGUUUCAAAAUAGUAUAAUGUAUCACAACAAUGAUAUCACCGACUGAUAUAAUUAAUGUGAUAUGUUUUACUGUUUUUGAACACUAAUAUUUGUGCUCAGCGAAAUCUCCAGAGUAUAAACCCGCCAGGUUUUAUGGUGUUUUGGAAAGUUAGAGGGUCAAAUAUAAGGCUUGCAUUUCAGUUUUUUCACACUGAAAUUUGCCUUUGAGGCCGUAUGGUAGCCCAGGAAUGAGAGUUGACCCCAUGAUGGCAUAUCAUUUGCAAAAGUUCAAUCCAAUAUAGGGUAUGUUCAAUCGUUUUUAGUAUCCACUUAGUCACAAACAUUGGCCAAAAUUAGCGUUCAUAUUAGUUUUUUGUAUUUUUCACACACAAUCAAAUAUAAUUGCUAACUUUGACUAAGUGGCUACUAGGAAAGAUUGGACAUACCACAUUUGCAAUACCUUGGGUUGUCUAAUUUUGCAAAUGGUAUGCCAUCAUGGGGGUAAUUCUCAUUCCUGGGCUACCAUACUCAAAGGCAAUGUAACCAUUCGGGCAUAAUUCAGUGUGUAUAAACUAAAAAACAUAUGUGCUAUAUUUGACCCUGUAACUUCCCCAAACACCAUAAAACCUAAGACAUCGCUGAAUACAAAUAUUUGUAUUUUUUUGCAGUACUGUAACAGUAUUAGGGUAUUCACAGUUAAAAUGCCACGCAAUACUAAAAAACAAACAUUUUAGUUUCUAAGACUUUUUACAUUUUUUAAUUUGUAUUAAAUUAUUAUAUUAUUCAUAUAUGAAUAUUUGAGGUAAAAUAAAAGUUUCGACCUGUUUCUCCUGAAGAAAAUGAUAUAUAAUAAGUGUGGGCGCACUUAAUACGAAAGAGGUACAUUAUGGUUGAACGUAUAUAGCGCAAAUUCAAGCUUUUGUUUUUCUCUGAACGUGUACAAUUGCCUCCAUCCUUAAGAGCUUAAAGUUGUCAAACCACAGAUUUCUGUGUACAGAAUUCAACAUAAAUACUUUGAGCCCUUUGUAGCUCAAUAGCAAUGCUUCUGCAUUGCCAUCUGCUGGAACAAAGUGGUGUUGACUUGCCAUUCAGGUUCUGUCGAACAAUAAAUAAGAUUCUACCACAUAAAAAAGACUUUAGGCCAGUAACGUGAAAAUAAAUAGAAUCAUGGAGGUCUAUAUGGGUGGGGAUUGGACAGCACAUUCACUCAGACAGUGAUAGAAAACAAUAAACAGUGAUUGCUCGGACACACUGUGUCGGAGUCACACAGCGGCGUCAGCAGGUAAUCAGGUUGAUGUCCUGAUGUGACAUUGAUACAAUCGCAGCUCCAUCAUCAACAAUACAAAACAAAAGGGAAAAAGCAAAGGGCUAAACUCUUAAAGACAUACAGCGUGAGAGGGGAUUUAUAGGUGGGAGGAUGCAGAGAGGUGGCUGGAGAAAAGGGCAGAGGGGAAGAUAAUAAACACAGUAAGAAGUUUGAGUGACAUAAGAAUGGAGGACAGAUAAAGAAAGAGUAAGAAGCCCCAUUUCCUGUCACAAAGGAAAAUAUUGCUUGCACUUCACAUCAGAAAACUUAAGUAAAAACUGAUUAUCGUGAACUGCAUUUUCCCAUUGAGUGUACUAUCUCGUAGUGACUGGCAGCCUUUAAUCACUGCGUUUAGCUUUCCCGAGCCAACUCGUUAUGUUUUUAUCUGUAUCUCCUUCCAGACUUGGAAUGUCCAAAGAACAGCACAUACAACGCCUGUGGCAGUUCGUGCCCAGCCACCUGUGAGGACCCACAAGCACCUUCAAAAUGCACCGAACCUUGCAUUGAGACCUGUGAAUGUGACCCGGGUUUUCUAAUGAUCGGGGGAGAGUGCCUGCCCAAAGCAUACUGUGGCUGCAAGUACGAUGACCGAUUCUACGCUCCCGGUGAUUCAUUUUAUUUGGACACCCAGUGUAAGAAAAAGUGUGUCUGCAAUGAAACCAGCCACAAAGUCGAGUGCAGCAAUAAUAAGUGUAAAAGUGGAGAGCAGUGUACCCUACAAAAUGGCCUACAGGGCUGCUAUCCAACCAGAUACGGCACGUGUUCGGCUUCUGGAGAUCCCCACUAUAUCACCUACGAUGGAUUGCACUACAACUUCCAAGGGACCUGCGAGUAUCUGCUCUCGGGGCUCUGUAGUAAUACUAGUGGAAGAACAGAUUUCCAGGUGAAAGUACGCAACGAAAAUCGAGGAAGUCGUGUUGUCUCAUACACGGCAUUUGUCAGCUUCACCAUCUUUGACACAGAAAUCCAGAUCCGCAGAGAGUUUCCAAAUCAGGUUUUGGUAAGACUGGCUUGUAUAUAUUUCUAAAGUGCCACACAAUGGGAUGCUCACAGAUCUGCUUCCUAUCACACAACCAUGCUAACUUAUUAGAUAUUGAUUGCUGGUAAUCACAGAUUUAUAAUGGUAGCUGUGAAACCCUACUCUGGGUAUGACCAUCAUAUCGUCCCAUGGGUCCUGCUUAUCAUUAUAAAACAUUCACCAAAGGGCUGUAACAGCGUGAGACAUCCUGGUAUAAAUAAUCCCAUGAGAAGUGCAGCAAUUUGGCUAUUUAUCAACAUCAUAUUGAUUAUAAUUAUUCUUUAAUUGACACAUUUGGGACAAAUUGAUGGAUUUGCAUUCUUGGCUAUAAAUAAACCAACAAUUAUAUAGGCUCACUGGUUAAAUAAUCUAAAGGGUGAAAAUAAAGGUAAAGAUACUGAAAGAAUCAAAUUUAAUAGGAGUGAGGAAAGGUAGUAAGCGGUAAAAACACAAGUAGGUCCCAAGGGAAGGGUCCCGUAUAACUGCGGAGUGCAAUAUUCUCCCCAUAGAUAAACUAGUAUAUAGUUGCCCCCUGUCCAGUUACCUUUGUACGAUGGGAGAGGGGACUAUUAGAACAUUACUUUCAGGAGUUACAAUAGCAGAAAAUAAGAAAGUUACUCAAAAUUUAUAUAAAAUAAAAGUUAAGCUCUUAAAUCAGUUUUUAUGUGGAAUAUAUUUUUAAUGUUUAUUUAAUCUUUCAUGUCACUACUAGCUAUAGUGAUGCUAAUAACAUAUAUAACAAUGUAUACAAUGAUUAAUCUAUAAUGUAAUAUGUUGCUCUGGUAUUCCGUUCCAGGUAGAGGAACAUCUAGGAGAUGUUAUUUAUGUAGCUCAGUAAGUGUACAGGUUCAAUCGCUGUGUGCUAUGUAUUCACAUUUUCUGUCUGUGUUUGCUCCUAGGUAAAUGGCAUUAUAUCCAACAUUCCUGUUACCUUACUAUCAGGCAGUAUCUCUAUAUUCCCAUCUGGGAGACAUUGUGUCAUUCAAACCAAAAUUGGGAUCCGGGUAACGUUUGACUGGGAUGCUCGUGUCCAGAUCAUGGUGCCGUCUACCUACGCCAACUUGGUUUGCGGCCUGUGUGGCAACUUUAAUAAGAACCCCAAAGAUGACCUGCUUCUUGCCAAUGGUGAGGUUACCAAUGACACAGUUUCUUUUGCUCAGACAUGGAAAGUUGGAGAAGUACAAGGUUGCCAUGAGGAAAAAGAAUUGGGCUGUUCUGAUCUGAAGACAUUGGAAAAAGAGCAGAGAAAGACUAUGGAAGGCUGUGGUAUCUUGUUAGAUAAAAACGGGCCAUUUCGAGAAUGCCAUUCCCGAAUCUUACCGGAAGAUUACUUCAAGGAUUGCGUGUAUGAUCUCUGUGCAUUUGGUGAACUGCAGGACGUUACUUGCCGUCUCAUAGCAGGCUACACAGCUGCUUGCCAAGAUGCCAAAGCAACAGUCUACCCAUGGAGAACUGAGCAGUUUUGCCGUGAGUAUAUAAACACCUCUCCUUGUAUUUACCUUGCCUCUUCUCUUGAACAUGAUCUGAGGAUAUAUCAGACUUGGAGAUUCGUUUAGUUCGGGUGCACUUUGUCUGAAUCUAGGCUGAUCGGGUUAUCUGAAGCUAAGAACUAAAAUGUAGCCAAUUCACAAAACAAACAAAACACACAAUGGACAAGCAUGUUUGUUUUGUGAUGUGGAAUUGGCACAAAAAAAAAAAAGACAAAAUUGAAGGGAAAAAAGAUGUUUAAUCCUUAGGGUACAGCCACUAAAUGUUGAUCUUAUUCACAGAUCAAGUAAAAAGUAAGCAAUAGGAGCGAAAAAAGGAGAAGCAGUAAAAAAUAAUAUAUAUUUAAUAAUAUAUAAAAUAUAUUCAUUAAAUAAAAAAAAUGAAUGUUUUUUUGCUGCUCCUCUUGUGUUUCCCUCUUUUGGUUACUUCUCACUUGGUACGUGAAACAAAUGGUGGUAAAAAGCACCUAUUAGUGUAUCGCAAAUUCCAUUUAUAUUUUUAUUCGAUUUUUUCACCCAUCUUGGUUGGUGUUUAUAUAUAUAUAUCACUAUACUGACUGGCUCAUUUUUGGGCCCUUUUGAUCCCAAAUCUUUUUUUAUUAACGAAAUUCUGAUCGAUUACGAAAAGGCAUUUUUUUCCCUCCGUGUGCAAGUCUAGAAUGUCAUUAACAAUUAUCAAAUGUAUAAUUACUUAAUUUAUCUGCUAUAAAAAGAGUGCGUGUGAGUGAUUAUUAGAAAUUGAAUUUACAAGAAUGGAAGAUAUGAAGAAAACAGAACACAAACAACAUAUAAAACGAACUGAUGGUUUAGUGAUAUAAAAUAUAAACAUGACACAGUGGUGGGCUAGUGAAUAGGUGUACUGAUGUAGACAUUUUCUUCGUACUUGAAUAGAGGAAACUGUUUCAAUGCAUGUUCUGGGCUUGGUUACACGUGAAGAGCUUUACUAUAUGAGUAACUGAUUAGGUCCUCUGUCUGGGACCUUUGGACCCCUUGUUGGCCAACACAUUGCAAGUUGUAAAUAGCUUUUAAAGUAAAUAUUGUCAUUGUUCUUUAUAUGUAACAAAUACUGUGUCACCAAGACCAAGGUACUGGACAGUUGACCACUUACGCUGUGCAUGGCCACACUAACUAAAUAUUCUUGAGAAGACAAACUUGAAAUCUUCCGAUACAUUAAUGGUGAUAUGAUUUCUUUUACAUAUUAAGAUUUGGUUUUGGGGAUGAAAAACCUUAUGUGUCAUGUUUUCCUGUGUUUUUGUUGCAGCACUAACCUGUCCUGAUAACAGCCAUUAUAACGUAUGCUCCAGCGGAUGUCCAUCAACCUGUCAAUCUUUGACAUUAGCACCAAAUUGCAACAGUGCUUGCAAAGAAGGCUGUACCUGUAACACUGGUUUUAUUCUAAGUGGUGGACAGUGUAUUCCUAUUUCUCAAUGUGGCUGUUUGUUCAAGGAUCGAUACUACCAACUCAAUGACAUAUUCUUUCCAGAAGAUACAUGUGAGAAUAGGUGUACCUGUACCGUUGGAGGAACCGUUGUGUGUUCUGCUUUCUCUUGUGGCCCCUAUGAAGAAUGCCGUGUUGAAAAAGGUGUACAGAGUUGCCAUCCUAAUGGGUCAUCCACUUGCUCUGCCAUGGGACAGUCCUACUACAGGACCUUUGAUGGUCUAGGAUAUGACAUCUAUGGAAACUGUUCUUAUUUUUUGGCAAAGACCUGUUUAGUUGAGGGAUCAAAUCUGAUUCCCUUCUCUCUUCGAAGGCAAAAUCUGUUAAACAGUGACCCACCCAGUAGCAGGAUCUUAACAGUGGAAGUCUACAAUUACUCUAUAAGCAUUAUUCACGACUACGAAACCAAAAUCUAUGUAAGGAAAUGACUUUUCUACAUUCAAUAAUGUAUUUUCCUCGCUCUUUUCUUCUUGAAAGGCCUGCUUGCAGUUAGAUUGCAUGAUUGUCAAUGAAUGGAAAAUCAUAAAUGGCAUCAGGAUGGCUGAUAGCCCUGCAGGCUAGUAACCAGUUUAUAGAUGCUUGGGACAGCUUGGCCAGCAGCAUUCCCUUAGCCACUGCAUGAAGUAACUUUGUAUCAGCUUCGACUUCCUGAAAGAGAAUGCAAUUCUACUGAGAAUCAAUUGUAGCACCUAGAGGCAUCACACAAGUUUGUUUCAGAAUUUUGGAAAUGAAAUAUAAUUAAUAAUAUUUUAGAUUCAAAAUAUAAACAGACUUGCAAGGUUCUUUAUAUAUUCCAGCAGCCAAACCCAAUAUGCAAAAAAAAAAACACCUUAGAUAAAUGUGCUACCACAUUUAUUGCCCCUAUGCCCACCAUGCUAGGCAUUUAAAAAUAAUUUAACUAAAAACCUAUGGGAAUAAUCAAUACCCCCCCAUUAGUACAAGGGAGGUUUGGAAUCUCCCAAAUACCCCCAAAUGCCAGUCUCAACUGAAGUGAUACUUCCAUAUCAGAAAGCCUCUAUCCAUAGAGUGUGCUAUCCAUAGAAUGUGCUAUCCAUAGAGUGUGCUAUCCAUAGAGUGUGCUAUCCAUAGAAUGUGCUAUCCAUAGAGUGUGCUAUUCGCUGAGUGUGCUACUCGCUGAGUUUGUUAUGCGCUGAGUGUGAUAUCCAUAGAAUGUGCUAUCCAUAGAGUGUGCUAUUCGCUGAGUUUGCUACUCGCUGAGUUUGUUAUGCGUUGAGUGUGCUAUCCAUAGAAUGUGCUAUCCAUAGAGUGUGCUAUUCGCUGACUUUGCUACUCGCUGAGUUUGUUAUGCGCUGAGUGUGCUAUCCAUAGAAUGUGCUAUCCAUAGAGUGUGCUAUUCGCUGACUUUGCUACUCGCUGAGUUUGUUAUGCGCUGAGUUUGACAUCCAGUACACAGUGAGCCUUGUUUAGUGGACAUGUUCUUACCCAAAGCAAGAUGAGGGGAGGCAUGAUAAGGUUUCUUAGCCACCAUUAUAUUAAAUUUGGGGUCAUAUUUACCUCCAUAGGCUUUUUUUUUAAAACUAUUUUCCAGAUGGACACUAGUGAUGCAUUUAUCAAUAACUUGUAGCUGUCGAUUUCAAUAAUAUCAUUUAUCGAGGAUUAUGACCUUGAUUUAAUUCUCUUGAAUUUGCUUUUCAAACGAUCUCAAUCUGUUGGAAAAACUUUUUUAAAAGGUUUAUCUACAAAAUCUUUUUAUAGACAAAUCAUUGGAAAAGUUUUUUUUUUUCUAACAGCUUGGAAUCAUUUCAAUCGGAUUCUAAUCGAAACAAAUUUAAUUGAGGCCAAACUACCAGUAAAUGUGACCGGCUGGAAUUAAAUCAAAGCCAUAAUGUGUAAAUAAAAUGCUAAAUCUUUUCAGUACUAUCAUCCGAGAGUCGUGGCAGUUAUGUUCUAUGUUACACUCAGCAUAUCCGAUUAAAUAAUAUAUUUCCAACACGAUGUAACUGUGCCAGAACAUCUCACUCUUUCAUUGAUGCCCUGUUAGAGUGAACAACGUGUGAAUGUCUAUGUUUGGCAACAAUUAAUACGUUACUGUUGAUUAUACGAUGUCCUUGUCUUUCUUCAUGCAGGUGAAUGGAAUGCUCAUGACUCUUCCCUUUAAUUUGGAGUCAGGUAAACUGAAUGCUAUCCCUCGAGGAUUGGGGAUUGUGCUAAGCACAGAUUUUGGUCUCAUUGCUGACUCUGAUCUUAUGCUUCAUGUGACCAUACCUGCAACCUAUCACAACCAGACCUGCGGUUUAUGCGGAAAUUACAAUGACAUUGUUGAAGAUGAAUUUGUUCUAAGCAAUGGUGAAUUGGUUGCAUUUGCAGAGUCCUGGAUAUAUAAUAACUCAGAGAAUAUAUGCGUUACCAGUGAAUCCUGCUUGGGAACUCCACAAAAUUGCCCUGUCUGCCCUAAGUCAAAAGAGGACAAAUUGGCUGGAGAAAAGCUUUGUGGUAUUCUCAGCUCUUCCAAAGGACCUUUUGCAAUCUGUAAUCCCACUGUCGACCCUUCACCUUAUCUGAAGAGCUGCGUUAACAAUCUCUGUACAGGAACCGGAGACCUUUGCUUGGUCCUUCAAACCUAUGUCAAACAGUGCCGUGAUGAUGGCAUAGAGAUCGGUUCAUGGAGGAGCUCAACGUUUUGUCGUAAGUGUUCACUUCUGAUAUUGCAAACCAGGAAAUGACAAAUGAAUUGCAAAAAAAAAAAAAAAAAUCACAAAAAUAUUAGCUUUUUUCACACUUUGAACAUUUUAGCUUACAAUUUUAAGUCCCCUUCCCAAUUCUCCACAAUUUCAGAAUGAAUCCAUAUGUUCAGUAAUAUUUUGGUUAAUGACACAGUUAAUGAAAUGAUCCAAAACUAAUCACAGCAAGGAUCCAAAAAUAUUUCCAAUUUAGUCAGUCUAUUUUAUACCAGAAGUACAUGAAUUUCAUACACUUCCACGCUCACACUCUGCCGCUUUGAAUGUAAAAUUCCUAACCAACCUAAAAUAAUGGCUAAUUGUCAAUACCAGUUGGAUAUAAACAUUUGCUUUAUGCAUUGCAAUGGACAAUUCUCCAAUUUUUAGACAAACACAUGGGGAUAGAGGCAUUUACAAACAGAAGAAAGUUACAAUUUAACCUCCUUUAAAAUGAAUGUUCCUUUUUUUCCAUCCACAGCUAUGAGUUGCCCAGAGCACAGUCAUUACAAACCCUGCGCUGACCUUUGCUCCACCAGCUGCUCCUCUAUGUACGAUAUCUCCAGCUGUCCAGUGUCCUGCUCAGAGGGAUGCCAGUGUGACAAUGGCUAUUUCUUUCAGAGUGGUUCAUGUGUCCUUCCCCAAGAUUGUGGUUGUUACUACAACUCUUCAUAUUAUCAUGUAAGUGAAAACAUAUAGUCAUCCUAAUGCCGAUGCUGAAAUAAAGGAUCCGGAUACUGCAAUAGAGAAUGCAGACUUUAAUCGGACACAAGAUGGAACACAAUCAUUAUCAAAUAUAAAAGACCAUCUUGUGUGGUUGACUCAUCAUCAUUUUGUAUCGUGUCCGAUUUAAGGCAACAUUCCGCACUGCAGUGCCCCGAUCCUUUAUAUAAAUAUUUACUAUUGCAAAAGGUUUGGUCACCUUGGGUCCUUGCCUGCACCAGUGGGAUGUUCACUAUUCAUUGGAAGUGGGGAGUCCCUUUUCUGCGAAUCGUGACAUUUGGAUUGCACAGACAUACUUCCAUUUCCAAUGGCCACAAUUCCCGAUAGAUUGGGAAAACACUAUACUACGCAGAAAAACAAAACAAAUAAAAAUCCUCAAGAAUAUCUGAAUUCCAUGAAUAUCCACCUCUACUUUUAUAUUUAUUUUAAAGAAUUCUAAUGUACAAAUGAAGUUUGUAUAUGAAUGAAAUAAAAUGUAUUUACACUACACCCAUUAUUAACCCACCCAAGUAAAUAUUGGAGGACACAGGAAUUCUGCUGCCAAUGAAUAUUUAAAUACAUACAUAAUUAUAUAGAUAAGAAUUUAGUAAUGCAUAAUCCAUUUACUGACCAAUUGGAAAGGAGCUAACGAGUAACAUCCAAAAGCAUAGAAAAUCAUUGGAAACUGACCAUCUAUAACUAUGUUCCAGGUGACUUCAUUAGACAAAGCUGUAGCAUUCUAACACCUGUUUAAAUGUAUGAAAUAUUUUUCAUUAAAGAAAGAGAAUUUUGUCACCAGAUUAUAUUUUGUGUACAUGUUUGACAGGCCAAUCAAACGAUUGUAUCACUGGACUGCAGCCAACGUUGCAACUGCACUUCUGGUCUGUCAAUGGCCUGUGAGCCUUACGGCUGUGCGGAAAAUGAAAAGUGCACUAUUAUUGAAGGAACUUUAGGAUGUAUCAAUAUAGGUAAGUGUGCAAUACCCGCUAAAAUAGCUGAGCACUUGAAAGUACCUUGAACUUAAGAUUAAACAAAAGUAAAAAUAAACUGUUGACUUUUUGUGUAAAGUCUUUAUCGGGAUAGUAUGUUUAUAUGUGUCUAUAUUUACAUGUAUGUGUUUAGAUAGAUAUGUGACCAAUACAAUAUAUUUCAUAUUAGCUAGAAUAUCUUUGCAUUCAUUUUACAUAAACCGCAUGCAGAUAGACAGGAAACAAGACCAACACUUUACACAAGUGAAAUUUGCUGAGGGAGAGAGAAAAUUGUCUUUCUACUUUUCUAUUCACAUUUAGAAAUAAACAAAAAAAUGAACUAAAAAGUUAGUUAAGUAAAAAAAAAAAAUCUCUUGUAUAUUAGGUUUUAGUGCCACCAUUUAGAAUGCCAUUUUUCAGUGGGGAUUGGGUGAGACAGUGCUCUGGAACUCCCUGGAUAGAGGUCCUCAGUUUUGUUCUGAUGCCCGUUUAGGUCAGGUUUAUCAUGUGAACUAUAGAUUGUUGCUGAUUAUGACAAUGUGCUAAUACACCAGUUUUAGAAUGUUAAAUCUCCGGACACAGAUUGUCUUCUUGACUGGGUCAGCGGCUUUCAUUUAUCCUGAGAUUAAUGAUCACAAAUAUUUAUUUAUUGAUACUGUGUUAAUUAAUUAAAUGAAAAUAAAAUCCCAACACAAAUUGGAUGAGUGACACCUGCUACGUCUAAUGAAAGAGGAAUAUUUUAAGCUUUCAGGAGACAAAGGACCCGUCAUCAGGCACCUGUUAAAGGGACCUUAAUGUCCUGUAAAAUUUCACAUUAGCAAAUAAAGGUGUCGCUCAUACCAUUUUCUCAUCCUGAGGUUAAUAAAAUGAUAAUUGGUGAGUUGGGUGAUAACUAACAUAAAUAAACUUGUAUUUGUUAUUUUACUCUAACCCUUAUUCCUUUUACCCCAGAUCCGUGCAAGUCAAUUACUUGCAGGAAUAAAGAAAGCUGUGUUGCACAGAAUGAUGUUCCAGUCUGUGUCCCGGAAUAUAUCGGUACUUGUUGGCAAUGGGGAGGUACUCAUUAUAACACCUUUGAUGGGUACAGCUAUGACUUCCAAGGCACCUGUGCUUAUGUUUUGUCGAGAUACAUUGGUGGAGACACUACUUUGACAUAUUUUAGCAUUGAAGAGAUAAAAGAUAAUGGUGGAACUACAACAUUGUCUUUCCUCAAGUUGGUCAAUGUCUUUGUAUAUGGAUUCAACGUGUCCCUCAUUAAAGGCGAUUUUGGAAAUGUCUUGGUAAGCUAUUACACUAUGAUUUUUGUUUUCAAUUCUUUAAGUUGAUUUUUGACUUGAAUAUGAAACAAAUUUAAAACAAGAUAGUUUGAGAGAUUUAAAAUGAUUAUAUACCAUUUAUAAUAAAAAUAUAAGUCAAGUUACCAUUUCUUAUUGAAUGUAAAUUGAUAGCUGUGUGAAACAGAAGGGUCCAAAUCAUCCAAUGACUUACUGUACCUCUUUUCCUCUAAUGUCAAGGUGAAUGAAGAAAGUACCAACCUCCCUGUAAACCUGCUAAAUGGCAAGAUUUCUUUAAGCCUUUCUGGAUCUAGUGUCAUACUGAACACCGACUUUGGACUUCAAGUGAUUUAUGACUAUAAUGAGCAGGUGGUGGUCAAAAUCCCAAGCAGCUAUUAUGGAAGUACUGGUGGACUCUGUGGCAAUUUUAAUCAACAGUCCAAUGAUGAGCAGCUGACCUUAGACAAUAAGAUGGCAAAUUCAACCAUCGAGUGGGCAGAAAGCUGGAAAAUCUCUGGUGAAGAUCCAUUCUGCUGGGAUACAUGCCAAAAAAACUGCCUGAAGUGCGAUGACACUAAAAUAAGUAUUUACAAAGGAGAUAAUUACUGUGGUCUCAUCAAAGCUGAGGAUGGACCUUUCAGGGAAUGUCACCCUAAAAUCAAAGCAGAUGUCAUCUUUAACAACUGCGUAAAUGAUGUUUGCAGCAAAGACGGAUCUCAACGCUUUUCUUGCCAAGCUCUGGAAGUUUAUGCAGACUUGUGCAGAAAGGAAGGUAUUUCCAUCGACAACUGGAGAGAAAAGUCUGGAUGUGGUGAGUCCUAGCUCUCAGGCAUUGGUACAAGUUAGUUGUAAACUAUUGUUUAAUUAAGUAAUUAGCAGCUGCCUCUACAGAGGUAAAUGGUGUCUCUCAUCACCCCAUGUAGUAACGAUAACAUGAUAGCUAUGAUGCUUACACUGACAUGGGAUUCCAUAUUCCACGAGCCCCGGAGGAAACCAUAAUGUUUGAGCACUAACGUUUGUUUUUGGGUCUCUUUAUUCUAUUUAAACAGACCCUCUAAGCAUCAUAACCCACACAAUCUGUUAUUGUAGUCAUGGUGCAAAGAGAUGUAGGAACACAGCGAUUUUUGAUCAGUUUGUUGAUACCAGUGCUCUUCUAACAUCUGUAGCCUGGACCCUUUACUGAAGCUGAGAUAAUGGAGUGAAACAUCCCCAUUAUCUGUACAGAUUCAUUUAAAUGAUUGGCUGAUAAGUAAUGAUAGACUGCAAGUGCUAGGCUAAGCCUGUCCCAGUGCGUACAGCCUGUUAUUGCUAUAUAUAUUUUGACAAAUGGUAAACUGGUAAGAAAAUCGCUUUAUAAAAUUAGAGGGACUGCAUCCCAAGAUUCCUUGGAUCAGAACCCCUUCAAUAAGCUGUUGUAGUUAAGGUGCUUGCUGAUCCGUUUAACUUUAUAUGUUUGGAAGAUGACUACUUAUGCUCCAGAAACAAACAUUUAAAUGACCAUUUUUAAUAUAUAUUGAUGUUGAUUCCACAGCUUUCCAGUGCCCUAAGAACAGCCACUACGAAGCAUGCGGCAACGCUUGUCCUGCCAGCUGUGCAGACCGCACCGCACCAGACAGAUGCACAAAGCCUUGUGUGGAGACUUGUCAGUGUGAUGAUGGCUACAUACUCAGUGCCGGGACAUGUGUCAACGUAUCGAGCUGUGGCUGCAGCUACAACAAUAAAUAUUACCAACCUAACCAGAUAUUCUGGUCAGAUGAUAAGUGCAGCAUCAAAUGCAAGUGUGUUUCCACCUUAGGAAUAGUUAGCUGUCAGAAAACAAGCUGCAAAGCAGGUGAAACAUGCAGCACUGUCAGUGGUGUCAGAGGAUGCUACCCUUCACAUUUCUCUACUUGUGCAGCCUCUGGUGACCCUCAUUACAUCACCUUUGAUAGAAAGAAAUAUAACUUCAUGGGAACGUGCAUCUAUACGUUUGCUGAAGUCUGCAUUGCUGAUUCCUCCCUCCCAUAUUUCAAUGUGAAGAUUCAAACUGAAAGACGAGGGAAUAAGAAAGUCUCUUACGCCAAAGCCUUGACCCUUGAAGUGUACAACCAGAACAUCACUUUAACUCGAGAUCAUCCACAACAAGUAUUGGUAAGUAUCCCGGUUGGUUUUGUAACCUGUGGUGUGGAUAACAAAGAGAGGGGGAGAUAGAGUGCUCACUCAAAUGGCAGCAGAUUCUGUUAAUUGGGUACCCUAACAAUCCAAGCGAAAAUAAUCCCUUUCUCCUUAUUGUAGUAUGAAUAACCCUUGUAGGACUUCUUUGUAGCUUGGAGGCCUCUGGAGCAGUUUAAUUUUUGUGGUUAACCUUGUAAGAAAAAGCCUUUUGAAAAUAUGUUUACAUUUGAACUAGUACUUGGUCUCAAAAGGGUUGUGAGAAAAAAGCCUAAUAAAAGGUUAUGGUUUGUUUAUUUUACAUUCCUAAAACAGAAGCAGCCAAGCCUAUUUCAGAUUUCUAAACAAUAAUUUUAUUGAGCUUUGUAAGACAAAUACAAGGACACAUAAAUGUCAAACUGUUUUAUCGAUAACACAACGCAGGUACACAGGACCGCUGCAGUGAAUUAUCCCUUUCUCACACACAAUGCAUUAUAAUCUUAGCAGCCCUUAGAUCCCAAUCUGCAAGUGUACGGUAAAACCCAAGAACCAAACCGGUACAUCGUAGGGUCAAUCUUGUUCUAUCUGUGUUUGAAUCAUGCUGGCUCUGACCCUGAUCUGCCUCUUUGUCAGUCUCAGCCAAUCCUAUGGGGAAGCACUGUGAUUGGAUCAGGCUACCACUUCUGAUGAUGUCUGCAGACUGCUUGUUUUUCUGAGGCAAACAGCAUGCAGAGUUACAGCUUCUGGCUUGAAUACUGUAAGAUUUUCACUUUACUUACGAAGGCAUGAGGGACCCAGGGGUGCUAGAUGGUGGUGUUAACACUAUAGGGUCAGGAAUACAUGUUUGUGUUCCUGACCCUAUAGUGAUCCUUUAAAGGCGAAAUAAAAGGAAAUAAAGGGGAACAAAGUUAAUUACAGUAUAUACUCGAGUAUAGUAUAUACUCGAGUAUAAGUCUAGUUUAUCAGCACAUUUUUUGUGCUUAAAAACCCCCACUCGACUUAUACUCGAGUCACUGUCUGUAUUAUGGCAACUUAGAGAGCCGCGGCCGUCAGAGCCAUGGCAACGAUCCGCGCAGCAACCAGACCGCGAGACUUACAGUGAAGCUGACCGGAACGGAGGAGAAUGGAGCUGACAGGAGCUGCAGGAAAGGUAAGUAAAUGCUUCCUGCCGGCCCCCCCACUUCACAACCCAUGCCACUGGACCACCAGGGAUUAAGAUUGCCCCCCUCCCUGACCAGUUAACAAGCAGGGAGGGGGGGACAAAAAAAAUUAAAUUAAUAAAAAAAAAAUAAUAUUAAAAUAAAAAAAUAAAAAUAAUAAAAAUGCCCUCCCCCCACCCAGUUCACACACACUACACAAACACACACUCUGCAUUAUAUACACACUCUACAUUAUAUACACAGAGUGUGUGUAUAUAAUGCAGAGUGUGUGUUUGUAUGAGUGUGUGUGUAUAUAAUGCAGAGUGUGUGUUUGUAUGAGUGUGUGUGUGUAUAUAAUGCAGAGUGUGUGUUUGUAUGAGUGUGUGUGUAUAUAAUGCAGAGUGUGUGUUUGUAUGAGUGUGUGUGUAUAUAAUGCAGGGUGUGUGUUUGUAUGAGUGUAUAUAAUGCAGAGUGUGUGUUUGUAUGAGUGUGUGUGUAUAUAUAAUGCAGGUGUGUGUUUGUAUGAGGUGUGUGUGUAUAUAUAAUGCAGAGUGUGUGUUUGUAUGAGGUGUGUGUGUGUAUAUAAUGCAGAGUGUGUUUGUAUGAGUGUGUGUGUAUAUAUAAUACAGUGUGUGUUUGUAUGAGUGUGUGUGUGUAUAUAAUGCAGAGUGUGUGUUUGUAUGAGUGUGUGUAUAUAUAAUGCAGAGUGUGUGUUUGUAUUAGUGUGUGUGUAUAUAAUUAAAAUCACAAAAUUUCAUAGCCCCAAGUUUUACCCUCGACUUAUCCACGAGGCAUAGCAUAUUUCACAAUUGUUGGUCACAAAACUGCACUCGACUUAUACAUGAGAUCGACUUAUACACGAGUAUAUACGGUAAUAUAAAAUUGGACUUGCAAAUCAGACACUAAGGAGUUCACCGUAAGGUCUUUUAAUGUGUAUUGUACAUGAGAGCUAUUUAGGAUCUUACCAUGAGCAAAAGAACAGGAAAAAGCUUCAAAUAGUGAGUAGCUGGAGUGGGGCCAAGUCCCUCCAUGUCCACUCUCCAAGCCUCUUCUUCCCUCCCCUCAAAUCUCAGUUGUUUCCUCUUGGCAGUGAGGCCUGCAAAACCCAGAGGCCCCACAUCUAAUAUUAUUAUAUUCCUGCCACAAAUCCCAGUGAUUAACAGGUGAAGCCCCAGAAGAUGACAUAUAUGUGGUCAUUAUAUUCCAUGUUCUGCUAUGGUUAACCCCAUUCACCACAGACAUCAAUGUAGGAGGAUCCCGUGAUUUCCAAUUCCUAAUGACACAAAGUUGGGCCACUAUUACUAUGUGUAAAAACAUUGUAACUGCAGUAGGUAACUUGUGAGAAGUCAAAAAUAGUAAAACCUAGUCUGGGGAGCCUGGUACCUGGAUCUCUCCCACUGCUUGCAUUAUUUUAUAUGCCGGGGACCAGUAAGGCUGUACUAUUGGGCACUGCCACCAGAUAUGAUAAAGAGGUCCUAAUGCAUCUUGACAUCUUCAACAAGUUGGAGAACUAUUUGGGUAGAUUUUAUAUAAACGGGAUGGUGGAAGGUACCAUGGCAUUAUUCAUUUAUAAUGCAUUUCCAGGUGGUUAGUGUAUUUCUUAGUUUGUAGAGAGAAUUGAAUGCCUUAGGCCAUAUUUGUGAUGGGAAUUAUCCGUCUCACAGCUCUGGGCACAGAGUGGCUUGGGACAGUCUGUGUUGGCAUCAGAAGAGCGGAAUAACAUAUUGAUACCAGUUUCCCUUUAGAAGGGGGGAAACCUUAUGUCAGCUUUCUAAUGGUUUCAUAGAUUUUCUGAAAUACUUUAACACUAACAACCACAACAUAUAAGGCAAAUAAACUAUCAUGUUCCAUUUCUUACAGGAUGUUUGACAAAUUUUGCAUUAAAGAACAGAACAAUACAUUUCUGAAUUAGCUGCUUUGAAAGUACAGAACUUCGCAGUCGGAAAUAUAGUAAUAUGAAACUUGUAAACUUUCUCAAAUAGCCAUCUCUUUAACAGAUAUUGGCCAGAUAUCAUUAAUGGCUGGUAAAUUGCAGGGUGCAGUAAUCAGGAACCUCAUUGCCUGUUACUCAUUGAGUAUAAGUGUCCUAGAACCGUACAGUGAGAUUGUGUAAUGUGAUAGUGGCAGAGAAAGUAAUCACGAAAUGAGAGAUACGCUGUUCUGUGGAUAAAGGAGUAUCAGCAUCGUUAGAGCAGGAAAUGUGAUGGAAAGAAAAUAAAGUUAUGAUUUAUACUAUAAAAACAAGUUUGGGUAUUUUUGGGUUGAAGACAGACCACAGAUUUCUUCUGCAUUGUCUACACAGGGUUUAUAAACAGGUUCAUGAAUUGGAGAAUAAUAAAGGCCUGAUUCUUACAAGUUCUGUUUCCUAUUAACAUCUAGUAGUAUUUCAUAUCUAAAUAUAUUUAUACAGUAUUUAAUUAUUUCAACACAUUUCAUUUCAGGUUAAUGGAAUUAUUACUUCAAUACCUUUCUCCUUCAAAACCAACAAAAUCAAAGCAUUUAUGAAAGGUGAACAUGCCUUCGUCAGAACUGAUUUUGAUGUCACCAUGAAUUAUAACUGGGAUAAUUAUGCCCGCGUUAUGGUGCCCAGUACCUAUGCGGGUUCCUUGUGUGGUCUUUGUGGAAACUACAACAAUGAUCCUAAAGAUGACCUGACACCAGCAGAUGAUAACCAGGUAGCUGACAAUAUUAGGUUUGAAGAUCGGUAUAAGGUGGAGGAAACUCCUGGCUGUACAGGAGACUGUAAAGAAGAUUGCCCCACGUGUGAUGAAGAUAAAAUCGAUAAAUACAAGGGCGAGAUGUACUGUGGAAUUCUUAACAAUGUGAAAGGACCACUUAGACAAUGCUUUACUGUGGUUGACCCAUCGCCCUUCUUUGAUGAUUGUGUGUAUGACAGCUGCCAAUACCAAGGUUAUUAUGCAGUAACCUGUGGUGCCAUUGCUAGUUAUGUUUUGGAGUGCCAGAGCAAGGGGAUCAAGAUUGAAUCUUGGAGGACAUCGACAUUCUGCAGUAAGUGACUCAUAUUACAUUUCUCGUUUAAUUCCCAAGGAGCAGAAAUUAUUAGUGAAACCAUUUCUAAUGAGGUAAAUUGUAAAAACAAAAAUGAUCCCAUCUCAGACCUCCUCAGUCAUAUACCUCACUGGAAUCCAUCUGAAUUCAUAGAAAAUAUGUUUACAAAUAGCUCUGUUAACUUGUUAAUUUAGCUAAAUAAAGCAGUUUUAGUGUAUAGAUUAUUCCCCUGCAAUUUCACUGCUCAAUUCACUGUCAUUUAGGAGUUAAAUCACUUUGUUUCUGUUUAUGCAGCCCAAGCCACACCUCCCCUGGCUAUGACUGACAGAGCCUGCAUGAAAAAAAAACUGGUUUUACUUUCAAACAGAUGUAAUUUACCUUAAAUAAUUGUAUCUCAAUCUCUAAAUUGAACUUUAAUCACAUACAGGAGGCUCUUGCAGGGUCUAGCAAGCUAUUAACAUAGCAGGGGAUAAGAAAAUCUUAAUUAAUCAGAACUUGCAAUAAAGAAAGCCUAAAUAGGGCUCUCUUUACAGGAAGUAUUUAUGGAAGGCUGUGCAAGUCACAUGCAGGGAGGUGUGACUAGGGUUCAUAAACAAAGGGAUUUAACUCUUAAAUGGCAGAGGAUUGAGCAGUGAGGCUGCAGGGGCAUGUUCUAUACACCAAAACUGCUUCAUUAAGCUAAAGUUGUUCAGGUGACUAUAGUGUCCCUUUAAGCUCUGUUAAUACCUGUGUAAUCUGUAUCCACAUGGUAAUUAUUAUAAAUGACUUAACCUAAAACAUUUUGGGAUGGAUGUUCCCUUAACCUGUAGCUGGGAAUGUUAUCUACAAGCAGAGUUCCAUCGAGUGUACGUCGGGAUUGUUUGUAAGUAUUUCUUAGAUCUGAGCAUAUUGUGUCUCAAAUAGUUCAAUCUGUUGUAAGCAAAGACAAAGCACUAUAUUAGUGUGAUAUUAAUGAUUUUCAUAGAAAGCUAUAAAUACACAAAACUCCCCAUAAGAAUGUCAUCAAAUAAAAAAAAUAAAAAAAAUUUCCAAAAGAAAAUUCAGAUUUAAAAAUUCUGCCUGACUGGCUUUUAAAGUGAGCGAUGGUAUUCCUCUGUUGCCAUAAUGAGAUGAUCACAGGGUUUGUCACCACAAUGAGUUGUUCUCAGGUUUGUUGCCAUAAUGAGUUGAUCUCAGGUUUGUCGCCAUAAUGAGAUGUUCUCAGGUUUGUCGCCAUAAUGAGUUGUUCUCAGGUUUGUUGCCAUAAUGAGUUGAUCUCAGGUUUGUCGCCAUAAUGAGAUGUUCUCAGGUUUGUCGCCAUAAUGAGUUGAUCUCAGGUUUGUCGCCAUAAUGAGAUGUUCUCAGGUUUUUUGCCAUAAUGAGUUGUUCUCAGGUUUGUUGCCAUAAUGAGUUGAUCUCAGGUUUGUCGCCAUAAUGAGUUGAUCUCUGGGUUUGUCACCACAAUUAGUUGUUCUCAGGUUUGUUGCCAUUAUGAGAUGAUCUCAGGGUUUGUCACCACAAUGAGUUGUUCUCAGGUUUGUCGCCAUAAUGAGAUGAUCUCAGGUUUGUCACCAUAAUGAGAUGUUCUCAGGUUUGUCGCCAUAAUGAGAUGAUCUCAGGUUUGUCGCCAUAAUGAGAUGUUCUCAGGUUUGUCGCCAUAAUGAGUUGAUCUCAGGUUUGUCGCCAUAAUGAUAUGUUCUCAGGUGUGUCGCCAUAAUGAGUUGUUCUCAGGGUUUGUCACCACAAUGGGUUGUUCUCAGGUUUGUCGCCAUAAUGAGAUGUUCUCAGGUUUGUCGCCAUAAUGAGUUGAUCUCAGGUUUGUCGCCAUAAUGAUAUGUUCUCAGGUGUGUCGCCAUAAUGAGUUGUUCUCAGGGUUUGUCACCACAAUGGGUUGUUCUCAGGUUUGUCGCCAUAAUGAGAUGAUCUCAGGUUUGUCACCACAAUGAGUUGUUCUCAGGUUUGUCGCCAUAAUGAGAUGAUCUCAGGUUUGUCGCCAUAAUGAGAUGUUCUCAGGUGUGUCACCAUAAUGAGAUGUUCUCAGGUUUGUCGCCAUAAUGAGAUGAUCUCAGGUUUGUCGCCAUAAUGAGAUGAUCUCAGGUUUGUCACCACAAUGAGUUGUUCUCAGGUUUGUCGCCAUAAUGAGAUGAUCUCAGGUUUGUCGCCAUAAUGAUAUGUUCUCAGGUGUGUCACCAUAAUGAGAUGUUCUCAGGUUUGUCGCCAUAAUGAGAUGAUCUCAGGUUUGUCGCCAUAAUGAGAUGUUCUCAGGUUUGUCGCCAUAAUGAGUUGAUCUCAGGUUUGUCGCCAUAAUGAUAUGUUCUCAGGUGUGUCGCCAUAAUGAGUUGUUCUCAGGGUUUGUCACCACAAUGGGUUGUUCUCAGGUUUGUCGCCAUAAUGAGAUGAUCUCAGGUUUGUCACCACAAUGAGUUGUUCUCAGGUUUGUCGCCAUAAUGAGAUGAUCUCAGGUUUGUCACCACAAUGAGUUGUUCUCAGGUUUGUUGCCAUUAUGAGAUGAUCUCAGGUUUGUCACCACAAUGAGUUGAUUUCAGGUUUGUGGUUUCUUGCAGUUCAGGUGAAAACAGACAGUGCAAUGUACCAUAAUAUUUAUUUUACUUUUUAUUUCCGAUUUGCCUCUCCCUUGCUGAUUUCAAGGAAAUUGGCCUCCAGCCUGACAAUGUUGCUGUCUGCAGCUACCAUGUGGAAAGAUUAAUAAAUGUACAUCAUAAAACUCUCUUUCUAACUCUGUCACUGUGUUGGAGUUUGUUUAUAUCUGUAUUUAUCCUGUAUAUUUAAAACGUUGUGUUCUUCACACUGACUGUCACAGGUGUUGAUUGUUUUCUCACAAGGGCCUUGCUUUAAUUUAUUUGAAUCUGUAUCAGAAAUUAUUCAAUUCUCUUAAAACAAAACAACUUUUCAAACAUUUUAUUUACAGAACUCACCAUUAAUGUUUAUGGGAAUUUUUGUAGAUAAAUUAUAGUUUUUUUUCCUAAUUGGAUGGAAUGACUUCUGAUUCUAAAGAGUUAAGUCGAGACCAUUGUUUUAGAAACGUAUGCGUUGUGAUUUUGCGCAAUCACUUGGGCAGAGAUUUAAAGCUGAUCUGCACACAGUCACAGAAUGCACAUCACAGAAUAAAUGUGAUAAUAGAUGUGGCAUUAAAAUAUUCUGGGAUAAAACCAACAAUAAAAAAGCCAACGUGACAUUUUUCCACAGAUGAUGAACCAAAUCUUUAGUUGAUAAUUCAAUUUGCAUAUUUUAUAUUUGAAAAGUCGUGUAUACCGUGUAUCUAUGUAAUAGUGAUUUUCCUCUUUCUGGUAGAUAUGUCCUGUUCUGUGAAUAGUCACUAUGAGCUGUGUGGAACUGGAUGCCAUCCUACAUGUGCUGGCCUGUCCACUUCGGUGGAUUGUGCUAAGUCAUGCAUGGAAGGGUGCUACUGUGACAGCGGAUUCCUGCUCAGUGCAGACACAUGUGUCCCUAUAUCUCGGUGCGGCUGUCUAUUCCAAGGCCAAUAUUAUAAAAAUGGGCAGGUGUUUUAUCCUGAAGGACAAUGCAAGACGAGCUGCCAGUGUAUGGACAAUGGAAAUGUCAUCUGCCAGGACAUGUCUUGUGGUCCAGAUGAAGAAUGUAACGUGGUGAAUGGAGUCCGUGGCUGCUUUUCUAAAAAAGAAGGAACAUGUGUGGUGUCUGCCAACAAACACUAUCUCUCUUUCGAUGGUCUUGACUAUAACUUCUACGGCACUUGCUCCUACACUCUGGCCAACGUCUGCAAGAAGGAGCCAGGGCUAGGAAACUUCUCUGUAAUUCUGGAGAAUAAUAGCAUCGGGAAAGAUAAAAUGGAAAGAAUUAGGUCGUUAAAGGUGAACGUGUAUGAAUAUGAAAUUAUCAUGAAACAAGGAACAUACUGGAAAGUACAAGUAAGUUCCAGUUGUAGAGAAAACAUUUUCUUUGACUAAUGUUUAGGCAGUUUUACUUUCAAAAUGACAUUAUCAUAGAUUACUUUUCAAGAUAUGUUUUUCUAUAAAUGACUGAAAAAUAAUAUCAUGGGGUUUAUUAAAUGGUUAAAAGGUAUACAGGGUGUCUUGUGCUACUGCAGUUACACCAUUAACAAGUGAAGAAUUAAAAAAAUUUCACCUAUAAUUAAACAAAUGUUUUUACUAUUCUCAUUACAGAUCCAUGGGGAAGAUCACUCGUUGCCUCUUAAUUUGGAGAAUGGUAAAGUUCUGAUCUCACAAGAGGGUUCCAAUAUAAAGCUGCUGACAGAUUUUGAGGUGGCUGUCCUCUAUGAUUCUAUGAAUUUGGUUAAAAUCACAGUCCCUGGAGCUUACCAGGGAGCCACCUGUGGUCUGUGUGGUGAUUUCAAUGACCAAAAUAACGAUGAAUUCCGUUUACCAAGUGGCGUGUUGUCUAAUAACUUAGAGGAAUUUGGUGCGGCCUGGAGUACAAACUCUGACGGGUGUGUUAACGGCUGCCAGGAGAACUGUAACAGCUGUGAUCCACUGAGGGCCACCAUAUUUGCACGAGAUGAGGCAUGCGGUCUAUUUCUACUCGAAGAUGGGCCAUUUGCAGAAUGCAAAUAUCUAGUGAAUGCCACUUACUACUUCAACAAUUGUUUGCUGGAUAUGUGCACCUCUGAUGGACAGAAGGAAACCCUUUGUGAUAUUCUUCAGGCGUACACCGUUGCUUGCCAAGACGCUGGGGCAAAGAUUAAACCAUGGCGAACCUCAACCUUCUGCUGUAAGAUUCCUAUAUCCACUUUAUUAUAAUAGACAAAAAUAGGUAAACAGAUAGAUAGAAAUGUAGAUGGAUAAAUUAAUAAUAGAUAGGCAAGCAGAUGGUUCAAGUUCUUUAUUUUUUCCAUACAUGAAGAUUACAAUUAUACUUGAAUUGCAGAACCACACAAACUAAAAUAGUUUAUAAUAACUACAGCUUUUUUUCCCACCAUAUAUGGACAAGUUUAUACGAUAACAUACUUAACCGUCUUGCUUUUCUAAUUUCUCAUUUAGCCAUGUCUUGUCCGAAGAACAGUCAUUAUGAUGUUUGUGCUCGCACAUGUGACAUGACAUGCUAUGGGAUCACCGCACCCUCCUUCUGCUCUGACGCCUGCUACGAGGGCUGCGUGUGCGAUGACGGUUACCAGUUUGAUGGCAGCCAUUGUGUGGAAAUGGACACAUGUGGAUGUGUGUACAAUGGGAGAUAUUUAAAGGUAAGUCAUGUAUUGCGUGUGUAUAUUUUGUACAGUAGUUUAAUUAGGGCUCUUUUCCCCCCAUAUCAAAUAUUUCAGACAUUUUUUUAAAACAACCAGAUAUUUUGAAAGAUAUUCGAGUAUUUAUAUUUAAAGAUAAUUUAGAGUGAUCUUUUUGUAUUAGCUUUCACGUAACUUAAGUGAGUGCUGAGGAAAACCCUGUGUUUUGUCACAUAGUGAGUUGUAGUGUAUGGUGCAUACAAAGAGUGAAACAAAUCCCAUUAGAGUACUAAUUCAAAUACUAUUCUGUGCUACAUCAACAAAUACUGUCAAAAUUGUUUGCCAUUGCAAAGGGAGCAUUGCAGCCCUAUUGGUGUUUAUUUCCAUAUUUUAAAUGGCAUUCUGGUAGAGCUGUAGAACUAAAUUCAUUCUGGCCACCUGUGUAUAGACAAUGUUUUGUCCCCACCCCCCCCCAGAAAUUUACUUAUAAUAUAAUUAUAGUACAGCAGUUUAUCUCAAAUAUACUUAUUUUCUGGUGAGUUUCCUUCGCGACUUUUAUCGGUUUCUUUUAGUCAAUCGCGUUGGUGCUUAAGUGACCAUGUGUUUGGUGCUCCCCUGUCCUGAUGUCAAAGUUUAGAUUAGAAUAAAAAUAGAUCACAUUUUGUGAGCUAUGGAGUAAAUGUAAAUAAGGCAUCAAGAGGUCUUAUUAAACAAAAGCAGUAAGUUUGGUAAAAUGAAUUCUAACUUGAUUACAUUAAAUUAUAACAAGGUAUUGGAUACACUGUUUAAUAUUAUUAUGUCAACUCUUCUCUUAAAUAAAGCAGACAGAGGACAUAAAUAGAUAGUAAAGAGUAAACAAACAGAAAAAACGCAAUAACUACAGAUAGAAACAUAGACAAACAGAUAUAGAAAGGCAAAAACAUACAUGGAUAGAAAGACAGAUAUAUAAUAAUGAUUGAUGGAUAAUAGGGGUUAAAAUAAAUGGCCAACAGUUUCUGUUUAAUAUAAGGUGAAACACAUAGAUUUAUUUGAAGGAAGUGACAUGUAUUUAUUGAUCCAUUCAUAUAUUCCUUUUUCUAUUGUGUUUUGCAGCUGGGGUCGUCUCUCCUUUCCCAUGAUUGCUCCGAGGUGUGUCUGUGUGAGACUGGUGGCUCUGUCUCUUGCAGUAACCUCACAUGCUCAGAUGAAGAGUUCUGUGGGCUUGAGAAUGGGGCGAGAGGAUGCAUUAAGAAGCAGGGUUCAUGUACACUCAGUGCCAAUGGCAACCUAAUGACCUUCGACAAAUUACUUGCCCCUGUUUUUCCUGGAAUCACUUUCGACCUUGCAGCUGUGUGUGACCCCAGCCACGAUGCCUGGUUCAGACUGGUCGCCAUCACAGAGAGCUGCCAGAGCGACACAAAUCUCCAUGUUUCAGCCGUCCAUGCCUAUUUUGUGGGUGUCUCCAUUGCAAUCAACCAGUUUGGCAAGGCCUGGGUAAGAAAGAUGGACCAAUAUCUCAUGAAGCAAUAUGUUGUGCAUUACAAUUCAAUUUGUAGCCUCAAAAACACAACUGGGGCAACUGGGGAAUUAAAAAUGCUUUUCUAAAAUAAUUAGCAAAAACUCUCAAACUGGAUUUUAAAAAAAAGUUACAUUUAAAUGUUCAAUUUCUUUGUCAGUAUUCUAAUUUUGUAUUUUCUAAGCAAAACCUCUGUAACACUCUGUAUACUCUGUAUACAUCGAAUUAUUGAUUAUGUUGGUUCAUUAUGGAGCCUGUAUUGAUUAUCCCUAAUUUAGACUUGUGAUUCCUAAUUAUCAUUUUAUUGUUUUUAUUACAGGUUGAUGGGAGAGCAGUUAAACUUCCAUUUCAGGAUAACGGAUCUCUGUCAAUACAUUCCGAAGGGGAAACGCUGGUAUUGAGACGUAGCAACAUGAUGGAGCUUAUCGUGAAUAGGAAUGGAGAAUUAACUCUGCGUGUGAAUGAGAACCUAGCAGGGGCUCUCUGCGGAGCUUGUGGGAACUUCAACAGGCAGAAGUUUGAUGACCUGCAAGAACCGGGAGGAAAAUCCAUAACUCUUGUGGCUAAAUUUGUAGCAUCCUGGGCUUCGCAGGAUUUCUCCAGAUGGUAGGUGACAUCGAAAUCUGACAUGAUCUGCAGUCUGGCUGAACAGAGACAUGGAAACUGGAAAAUGCGGAGAAUUGACAGAGCCGUUGUAAAAGUUACACCAAAAUAACUUAAUUAGGAAAAGACAUUACAUUUCCCUAAUCAGCCAUUUAAUGAAAUACUCUGUCAAUUCUCCAUAAUGUCCAGUUCAGUGAAGAUUCUCCCAAAAAGUUGAAAACACUAAAUCGUAAACUUUUAUAAAUGUUUUGUGUUUAUGCAUGCCUGAAAAACUGACAUUAAUUCGGUGACGAAGGACAAAAAAAUAAAACAACUGGAGGGGCGGCUUUAAAUGUAGAGCAAUGAGCAUGAUUAUUCCAUUGGUUUCCAUGGCAACUGCUCCACUUUACGAAUAUGGCCCGAGAAUGGCUGUUUUUUUAAACUCUACUUUUGUUAAUAUUUUUUAUCAUCAUUUCACUGGUUUUGCAGCAUUUUUACCAAUUAAUUAAUGCUUCUCUCACUCAAAAUGUUUUCUACCGUCUGGCACACUGGCUGCUGCCUAGUAGUGACAAAGACAAACCUGUUAGAAAUAAACAUUACGACACAGAGUAUAAAAAACUGCCUGUAUGCUGCAUUAGUUCAUGGUGCUCAGCUGGUUAGUGAUUUAAAGUGAUAUUUUAACCUGUUUGUAGUUCAGCGUCUAUUGAACAGAUACAAGGGAACUGUACGCAAAAAAUACAGCACUAGUCCUGAUAACCAACGCUGCCAGAGAUAAGUCCAGCCAAGUGAGUCGUAGAGUUAGCAGCUUCAAUGGCACCAAGCUAUCGGACAAUGUUUCAACUCCUCAUCAAAUCUUUUCCCAUUUGUGUGCCCAGACGUUUCUUUAGAAGCGCGUCCCAGCCUCUGUGUCUGUCUGCAGACUGUAUCCAUUGUGAAGUAACACUGAACAUAUAAACAUUUAUUGAAUCUUAUAUGAAGUCUAAAAAUAUAUUUAAAAUACAACGACAAAAAAACCUUGUGCAAUAAUAAUUAUUGCUAUACUGAGUGUGCACACUACUAAGUAAUGUAGCAAAAAAAUGGAGACUGUCAAUUAAUUAAAUAUAAGGUAAAAGAGAAAUAUACCAUAAAAAAUGUAUGUAAUGCUUUUAUAUUACUUUCUGCAACAUGUGUUAAAUUCAUUCUAAAAGAAGGAAAUGUAUUGCAGAAUUAUAUAUAUUCUAUAUCCUCUGUGUAAUCGGAAUGUGCUGUUAAUUGGGACUGCAUGCCUAAAUAAUAGAUCCUUUUCAAUAUCCCAUACUCCGUUAUCAUCCCUGAAGAAGUGAGUGCAGGCUCACGAAACAUGUAGGAUCGACGGAGAAGAUUGGGACCAGACCAGACGUCACACAGAUUCAUCAAGAGCGACCACAUUUAUUAAUUACGAGCGGACGCAAUUACUUUCACUUUCUAUGUGAGCGGCCGCAACAUAUUCUGUCGGCAGACUAAGCUCAGCUCCGGCAGCUACAAAUAAAGGAGACCCCCCACGUAGCAAGACAGCCACAGGGGGAAAAGGAAUUUUUCUCCAGUACCCUGUACAGCUGCACAACGGGACUCCCUGGCAGUCAACCAGCAGAACUUACUAUUUGGAUAGUUUGUAGCAGUAACAGCUUCAAUACUCAGCGCCGCAGCAGACCUUACUCUCUUCAUAUGUAAUCAGAAGGAUGUCAGCACAAACCCAUCCCCAACCUAUACAAGGUUGGACUUCCCCCCUUUCCCCCCUGUUGGGGAUAAAAUCAGCCCGGGCCCUUUGUGGAUGAUGGAUAUUUGCCAACUCAUUCAGAGCUCUGGAAAUUGGAAAUUAAUAGCAGAGACAUGUUCAAUAACCAAUUCAAAUUCCUUUAUUACGCAAGUUAUAUUUAUACCCCAUUUUCAUAGCAGGAUGGGAGGGGGGAAAAAUUAGCAUAUGGGCGUGACAAUGAUGACAAUGACAUAGAUUGUUUUUCACAAGUUAUGAGCAGCUGUUUCUCGUUAUCCUACAUUAUAUAACACACGUAUAUUUGAUAAAAAAAACAGAUAUUUACAAAUACCAAAAUCUUGGACAAUUAACAAAAACAAUUCAAAAUCAGUAUUGUCAUUCUCGUAAAUGAUAUUAGAUAAAUUCUUCCCAGAAUCGAAGAUACAAUUUUAAGUUUAAAUUAACCAUUAUAUGAACAGCUGGGAUAGAUAGUGAGAUGGAUAUUUGUAUCUCCACCCCUUCACCCCCUCCUUUUCUUUCUUUUUUUUUUUUUUUUUUAAUACUCUGUUUUUUUCUGCCAUUCCACUUCUCAUUUUUAUUUUUUUUAUUUUUUCCAUAUUUUUUUAUUGUAUUUUUUAUGGUAUAUUUCUAUUUUACCUGUAUUUCAUUAAAUGACAGUCUCCCUUUUUUUUGCUAUAUUACUUAGUAGUGUGCACACUCAGUAUAGCAAUAAUUAUUAUUUGUACAAUUGUUAUAUGUUUAUUAUCAACAUGUGAUUAGACUGUAUUUUUUGCGCUACCUUAUCCAUUUUCAGUGUUACUUUGUCUUGUAUUAGAAAGCGUAGGGAUACUUUCUUCUAAAGGAGCAGCAUUAUAAGGCACCUCUUUCACACUGUUCACAGACACCCUAUAUUAAGUGUAUACAUAUAUUUUCUCCCCGCAAUUAUAUUUCUUUGGAUCAUUCAUUACAACAUUGGGUGUAUACUUGCUUUGCGCAGUUUACACGUAUACCAGAGAAGUUCCCACUCUCUUGGUUCUAAUCAUGUAUCCACUGUGAAAUGUCUAGAAUUUGUAAGAGCUAAACUGGAAUACAAAUAUCAUCUGAGAUACAUUUUUUCAGUUCAGCUACUUUGGUUGGAAAUACACAAUUUAUUUGUAAGUUGUCCACAAUUGGGGAUUUAUUGGGAAAUGUAUCCUUACCUAUCCAUAGGAUGCUUUAGGGAUUAGUGAGAAGACGUGGUCAUUUAUCUCACAUUCUCUUUGUUAUUUUCCCACAGUGAGCUGUGAAGUCCACGAGGCUGAUAUCGUGCCAUGGAUUCUUUUGGAAUGUAUAUAUAGCAUUUUAGAUCCCAGCUCCCACUAACUGUCAAACCCCCUCCAAGAAUGGCUGUCUGAGGGUGCUGGUAGCGGCCCUGUUCGUAUGGAGAGGCUCGGACUGUUCAUGCACUUAUGGUUAAAUGUUACUUCUUUUCCCUUUCUUUUUGCAAUUCUUAUUUUAUGAAAUUAAAAACUUUGCUUUUUAAUCAAUGCCAUUAUUAUGCAAAUUUCAGUAACUACUGAAACUCUUGAUUGAAUUGUUAUUAUUUGUUCACAAAAUAAAACAGUUUCUCUUUACUCUAA